CAGUUUCUUACCCAUCCGGCGGUGCACAGUGAAUUGAAUCGCAAAUGGCAUGGUCGCUCGUUAAUGGAUAAAUGUAAAGGCUGGGAACUAACUAUUUUAAAGUUUUGGUGUCUUUUCGACCUUGUGUUUUCUCCAAUCCUACUUGCUCUAUUCUCUCAACGAAAAAACUCCAGAGGUACAGUGUUUUAACUUAUAUGCUAAUUUCAAUGGAGAAGAAUUGCAAUGAUGUUUUUGAUAAAGCCUUUCUGUUACUUAGAGCCUUUCUGCUCAUUAGUGGUUCGUGAGUGUUCACACCAGCGCAUUUCUCCUGGUCUUACCGAUGUAACUGUCACCGCAAGAACAAUAAUCUCCUUUAGGAGCCUUUAUAAUGUUAAAGACAGAAACAUGCACAAAUCACAUAUAGUCUGUAAAGGAUAUUGUUCUUGCGGUGACAUUUACAUAGGUGAGACCGCGAGAAAUGUGCAGGUGCGAAUUCAUAAACAUUCAAACACAUCUAAUCACCCUGAACCUGCCCGUCACCUCCGCGAGAAUUCUUCGCAUUCGUUUGGCUGGCAUAUACUCUGCACGGCCAAAUCUUUCCAUCAGCGCAAAAUCUUUGAAGGCCCUAAUGAUUCAACAAUUAAAACUAAGUUUCAACAGACAAAUUAACUCCUAUGUUGCGAAACGUUUCCCAUCCGGAAUUACCUAAGGAUAUAAAUGACCCAGGGCAAAAAAACGAUCAUUUUUUUUUUUCUGGUUCUAAACUUAAAAUUAUUUUUCCUGUAAAUACUUCAAACAUUUAUUUGUUUUCAAGUUAAGUAAGGUGCUUGCCUUCCCAAAAUAUCGGUCAAAAACGGUUCUCAAAUACUGUCUUCGAGACGCACCUGCUUUCUUAAGCCACCCUCUCGAUUUAACAAGCUGGUGGGAUACCUCUAAAGUUUCAUGUUUUUAAUUAGCGCAUCCAUCUCUGAUAAGUAUCCCACCUAUUCCUGCAUUGCCAUUAAUUAAUCCUCAUGGUUUACGGGACAACUCGCCCCGUGUCACAAGCAUUGGACAAGUGAAGAAAUUAUUAAUAGAGCUUAACUCAAAAAAAGCAACAGGCACAGACAAUAUCAGCGCUUGGACUUUAAAGAGGUUUGCUGAAGAACUGGCAGUCUUAGUUCAUGAUAUCAUUUGCGCAAGUAUUAUUGAAAGGAACUACCCGACCUUGUACAAGCAUGUUCUUGUUAGUCCUGUUCCUUACGUCCACCCUCCUAACGACCUUGAAACAAACUUCAGGAAGAUAUCAGUUUUACCUGUCCUGGGCAGAGUCCUUGAGAAGGUACAAAUAAUGCUGGAUAAGGAUGCCUUUAGAGUCAAAGAAAAUAAACAUGCUUUCAUUUAUGGUCGCUCGACCGUAUCUGCCCUUGUGAACAUCACGCAAACAUGCUUAAACGAUUCUGACAACACAACGGAGGGGGAAAAGGCCAUCCAUUCCUUAUUUAUUGACUUCAGCAAGGCCUUUGCUCAAGUCGAUCACUCGUUGCUUUUGUCCAAGCUUAAAGGCAGGAACAUCAACAAGUCUUUGUGGCAGUGGAUACAAAGCUUUCUCCAAGGCAGAACAAAACAAGUUAAGCUUCCUGGUGUACUAUCAACAACACGGACUUGCCUGGCAUGUGUACCACAAGGAUGUCUUAUAUUAGUUCAGUCAAAUUGUGGUUUAAUAUCAAAGUAAUUGCAACAGAAUUUAUUUCAACGUCAUUUAAUUGUUGGAAGGUUACUUAACAACAUACUAAAAAUCGUUCGAUGAAACAUGAAAAAAAUUAACAAUAAAGAUGUUCAACUUUCACCAGAGGAAACCCAAUUUCAGCAUAAUAACAAAUUCAGACAAAAGAGCUGAUAAUUGUAUUUUUUUCUUAAAAAUCUUAGAUAAAACAUCACGAAUGUACUUUGGGUAGUUUCCUGGGUCAGUGUUUCUCUUGACGGCUUUGCACAGGUUACCCAGCGACGCGUCUGUCUUCACAUUCUGUUUUCUAAGGUUGUUUUCUUUUCUAUGACGAUAUUUAUAAGGGAAAAUAUUAGAAACUCCGUGUUAACACGGUUAAAAAAUAACAAUAGCAGAAAUGCAGUAUGUAUUUCAGCAGUAUAAAUGCCAGGUAUUUUAAAUAAGAGCGGAGCAGACUGUUUAAAUACUGGUGGCUAGGAUCGAAAAUACUAACUUGCCAUUGGCUGCAAAAGUAACCAAUAGCGUAGGUGUAUCCUUGAUCCGCGUUAUGUUGUGUUUCCUUCAAGGUCAAAAGUGCUUUUUGGGCUGAACCGGUAUGAUAGUAUCUGACUAGGUUGCAGUGAUACCAGGUCACUGACAUGUCGUAGUGCGUGUAAGUGUCUUUCUCAGGAGAUUCGAGAUAUUUUCUCGUAACUUUCUCCGGCAAAAUCAGUAGCCCGAGUGAGAUUUCUUCCCACGAGUUAUGACGGAGCACUGUCCAAAAAUAUUUAAGUUGUUAUGUAAGCCUUAACCAGGCACUCUUUCGCUGCAGUUCACUCAACUGAAAAAUUUCUGGACUGAAAUGACACCGGUUUGAAACUACACGAAGUCAGAUUACUGAAUAAAUUAAAUGUUUUAAAAUUUGCGUCACUUUAAAUUUGGACUCGUUGGAAUGCUGCUAGGGACCAUUAACUUGCUGGCCGGCGUCAGAUAAAUAACAAUUAUUCACCGAAGUGGAGGUGGCUAGUAUUGGAAAUUUACGGAGGCCGCGAAGCGGCGACGAAAAUAUCCACUACUAGCCACCGACACUGAGGUGAAUAAUUGUUUUAGUGUAUACUAAAACAGUGAGAUAAUUAAGCACAAAAUGAUGAUAUUUAACUCAUUUACUGUUGCCAACGAUUAAAAUUUUGGCGCUCGAUGACCGAACGGCCGCGGUCGUCGCUUUUUCUUAGCGACAAAUAAAACUUUUGAAGGCGUUUGUUUAGCUCUUGCGGGGAAGUUUCUUCAAAAGGAGUUGUGAAUUCUGUUUGUAUUUAAAAUAAUUCUGUAAAAAAGAUUAUUAAAUUUAGUUUUAAGCUUAUUUAUGAACAAGUCAACUAAAUAAAGUAACGCAAGACUUAAGCUUAAUUUGCAUUUGUAAACAAAAAACUUUUUCACCGGUUUUAUCGAUAACUAUUCAAGUCAAAAAGACAAAGCUUUACCUGUUAAAACUUCCAAACCGAACUUUCUUCAUGUAUUUCGGAAAUAGCUUGCUUGAUUAGUUGUGAAAUUUCUUAGUCUGUUACGGCAGCAAACCGGGAAAGCAUUUUGCUCGCAACCUACGCGAGUUUGUCGUCGCUCGCUCGGAGGAACUGGAGGUGAAUCAGUGAAUAGUGCAGGAUAUUCACUGAUUGAGUAGCCAAUCAGAGAGCGUGGAAAACACUAUCUACUGUUUUAGUAUAUACUAAAGGCUUUUAAUCGGCCUUUGAAUGAGUUUUAUUUGUGUUAAAUUACCAAGUAGUAGCUAAUGAGUUGAUAUUUUUGCUAACCCGGUUUUAAAAAAUCCAGGUGUCUAUGUAGAUGGAAAACUGGGACUCUUUUGUUCUUUCUUGCGACUCAAGCAACCUCCUUUGCAAUUAUGACUCCCUACUUUACAAUAUGAGUGAAUAAAUAUUCGGCUUAGGGCUUUGUCCAUUUGGUUUUUUCUAGAUCUUAACGCUCUGCGCUUAAUGCAAUUUUAGAGCUCUGAUUGGCUUAGAUAUCAUGGUAAAUGAGGCAUUAGUAUAUACACAUUCAGUGAUCUUGGUGAUUUAAGCAAUCUGAUUGGUUCGCUAUCUCGGACUAUUCAACAAUAUUCACCUCCUAGCCAGUGGAUAAUGUGUGAGCUCGGUGUUUUUCCCAUUUUUUUUAGAGAACGAUCUUUUAAAAGUCGACAAAAUCCUAGGGCUGACUUUUUUAAGGCAAGAAAAGACUUGGAAGGAUUCAAUACGGCGUUUUUCAAUUUACGGGAGCUGAGUUUUGUGCUCGAGGGAUUGUUUACAACUCCCUCGUAUUCGCGUAGAAGAAGCCGUUUCGUGAACUCAGCGUUUUCUAACAAGAAAAUUUUGGCUCAAAAAUCGAAGUUGAUUUAUGACAAACAAAUUUAAAAGGAAAUGUUUGCAGAAAUUCUACGUUUCAAGUAAACAGGAAAAAGAAUGAUACAGGAAGACGACGUCUUACCUCGAGCAACCGAGCCGCAUUUUUGUCAGCACUUCAUGCGAAGAACGACACAACAAACCCUUUUUGCUAGCUAUAAACUUGGCGAGUCAACAUAAAACAACAAAGCUCUACUUUUCUUCUCAGGUAAGGAAACAGUUCAAACUUUUGGCGGUUCCAUUUAAGCCAUUACCCUGUUGUUUGCGAAAUGAUAAAUUUGUGAAUUGCCUCGUUUGAAAAUUCUGCAAAGAUCAGUAUUUUUAAACUUACGCGUGAUUUGAUCUGUAAAUCAAAUCGUACUUUUUAAUGGUUUCCUCUCUGACUUUGUUGAGAUCACUUCGUGUGUAUAUACUAAAACAAUUAUUCUUUUCAUUCUCUGUGAAUAGUGGCUUUGGGAAUAUUUACCCAAUUUAGCCACUAUUCACCUUGAUUUCAAAGAAUAAUUGUUAAUUAUACCAAGUCGUUAAAUAUGGUAACUGUAUGCGUCUGCCGAAAAUAUGUUGUUUUUACAAAUAGGGUCGGCAAGAAUUCUCGAUAUUUUGUGGGCGUUUUUAAUAAAACAAUUAUUCCACUCGCGCUUGUUGUAUAUGAGAUGAUUAUAGCCAACUCGGCCUUACGCCCCUUGUUUGUCUACCUAUCAUCUCAUAUCCAACGCGCUCUCGUGGAAUAAUUGUUAGUUAUUCUCUUUGCGAAGGUAACAAAUUUUAAACUUUGCUUCAAAUGAAAACGUAUUUCCUUCUUACCUAAUUCAUUAACUUAAGGAUGUUGGUACGUUAACGAACAUUAACGUAUAGGUAGCAAAAGCCAUAUAUUAUCUAGCUAGAUUUUUGAAAACUACCAAACGAAAAUUGCAGCUGUUUGACUGAGAUGAACCCGAAAAUCACACUAGAAAAGGAAAAGAUAAAAUAGCUGACAGCGAGGAGAAAGAGGGUGAAGAAGAAAAAAGGCAAGUUUUUUCUUUCUAGCUUUUCGUUUUUAUGUUGCCUUUUUUGGAGAUAGCUUUUGAAAGAGAGAAAAAACUGUUUGCAGGAAGAGUUCUAUUUUGUCUGUAACGUUAUAGAAAAAUCCAAGUAGGUAUAUCUUUUUCAACCUUGCAGCUAACAGAAAUCUGACAAAAAAAAGGAUACAUUUUAAAAGCUAAUAAUUAAGUAACGGCUUUCAUUUUUUAGAUUUAAAGCCUUACAGACAAAUUUGUCGUAAUUUUAAAGCUAACGGCUCACUUUAUUACUUUGUUAGCCCCCUGCUACUUUACUGUUCCUUGAGUGGAGCAUGGUCUUCCCGUGCAACAGCCAACUGUGUUUGAUAUUUAUCCUUUUUGAAAAACGUGUUUUUAUCACCGAAAACAGUUUUUCCUUUUUUUAAAGUUUUCUGUUAAAGUAGCAAAGACAUUUUGCGCAUUUUUCGUUUGAAAGUAUAAUUUCAACUACUUUGGGUGUCCUGUGUUAAAAGCUAAAAAUGUUUAACGCUUAAUUUUGACAUGUUCCAGCAAACGGAAUUUGGCGGAUUUUUAGCAUGUUGCUACAUAGAUCACCCUUACGUAAAUGGUGUUGAAAACAACUCUGUUUAAAUUAGUUUGACGUUGAGCCUCUAAAAUGCCCAUAUUGACUGGGCUAUAUCCUCUUUAUUGUUCGGUAUCUUUAUCGAUGAUUUCGACAACUCUAUACCUAUAGAACUGCAAGGACGCGUAAUGACGCGUAAGCUCGCUGACGACUGCACAACGCGCGUCUGAAAGUAUACCAAAUGGCGAAUUAUGAAAUAUGCAGAAGGCACUUGACGGCCUUCAGAACUAGGCAACUUCAAAUAAUAUGCUAUUGAAUCCAAGGAGAACCAAGGAUAUGUGGAUCUCGUUCUGCACAAACCCUAUUGAGCCGGACCUUUCUCAGUUCUACGAAUAAAUGACUCGUGUUUGGAGAGGGUAUCCAAGUUAAAGCUACUAGGGGUAUGGCAACAAGACAACCUAUGUUGGAAUUACCAUGUUGAACAGACAGUAAAGAAAUCUAACAAGGGAUUGUAUUAUUUGAGGGACUGUAGGAAGCAAUCCUACCUACAGAGAUCGGUAUCACAAUAUAUUGUAUCAAGAUACGCCCACUUCUUGAAUAAUUAUACGUCCCCAGUGUGGGGCGGUUUGCCCAUGAAGUACCUUGCAGAAGAGUUGCAGUCUAUACAAAACAGGUUCCUAGAUAUCAUUAGGAUACCAAGAACAUCCCUUCCAACGUUAGAGGACAGAUGCAAAGUAGCGUCAAAGCGUGAAUGAGAGAGAAUUGUGAAUGAUAUUAACCACUGCUACAUCAACUAUUUCUCACAAAGCCAAAUACCAGCCACAUCUAUAACCAGGUUCAGUAGCAAUACCAAAGUCAGGAACGCAAAGCCAUACUAACUCGUUUUUAUCAAGACCUGCAGGACUCCUCUUUUUUAUGAUCUGUAUAUUUCUACUUACCUUUAUUAGAAAGAGAAUUCACUUAAAUACUAUUUCAUAGUAUAUGUUGUUCACUUUUAAUGUAAAUCCAUUGUAUAUGUUAUUUUAAAGGAUGAAUAAAUAUAGCUUAUUAUUAUUAUAUAAAAUAUGCAGUUAGCGGACGGUAUUUUUUUGGCCUGAUAAUGACCUAGUGUCGAAAACGAUUGGUGUUUUUCGUUUUAAAUAUAAAAUUUUUAGCCUUGUAAAUACUUCAUUAUUAAACCCCGCGAAUUUUAUGGAUAAAUAAAUGUCAAUUUAUUUACAGUGGCCGAAAAAUAUCUGGCUUACGUAACAUCUCCUUACUUCAAGUUUUUCCGUGAUACGCUGAGCUACACAAUCUUGCUUUUGCUUCAUUACGCAAUCUGCCUGUCGCCUUCAACUAUUGCGUUUAGUGGGUUAGAAUGGACCAUCCUCGUUUUCUACAUGGGUCGUUUUCUGGUAGAGUUGAAGCAGAUUUGGGACAUUAAGGUAUGGUUCAGACUAUCAAGACACGAAGGGAACAAAGCUCAUCAGUCAAGCUCCUGCAAGAUUUUAUCAUUAUAUUGCAGGUCAGUAAAAAAUAAGGUUAAUGAAUCCGUGCUUUUGAGGUUCCUGUCGUUUAUAUACUGAUUGAGGCAAAACUAAAAGCGGGGCUCCCAUUCAAAAACAAACUUAAGAUCGUUAAAACACUGUCACGGCAAUAGCGCUUUGCACUAUUACUAAGAACAGGUUCUGUCAUAUUAGACCCUCCGCGCGACUCACACAAACGUUACAUUCUACUCAAAGGCUUUGUAUGAGCAACAUGUGUUUCUGACAUAAAAAUCUUUUAUACCAUUUGCAAUGAGCGUUUUUAACAUGUUUUUUGAGCUUUAUUCUAAUAUAUAAAAGGCGUUACUGCUAUAGGGAGCAAAACCUGGCCAAAGUAACUCAAAUCAACGGUUAAAAUCAGAUAAUAAAGCGACCUGGUCGAAGGCCACCUUUGAAGUCGGAUCCUUAGUUCUGUCUUAGUCAGAUAGCACUGAAACAUCACAUAAAAUUUCUUACUGUGUAAUGCUCCAAAACAGAAAUUCUAGUUUGUUUGUGCUUCUUUCAAGCCUGUUGUAUAAUUUCUGCACAUCAACAUUUGCACAAACCGGAAAUUGUAUAUAAGUUUGUUAUGUUUGCGGCCAGGUAGGUACCACACAGUAUUUUAUAUACUGUAGUAGCAUAACAAGAGGUGCCUUCGUACUCGAAAAAAAUUGAGGAUCCUUUGGCUCUAAAUUUAACCAAAUGCACCUUUUUAUAAACAGCUUUGACGCCCUGCUCUCCAUACAUUUGUUAGUAAAAUGCCAUGACAUAAUUUUACCCACAGUAAUAACACCGCAUUAGGAAUAAAAUCACUCAUCUGUACUGUUUUUCGGGCUGUUUUUCCAGGUUUAACUUUGCUUUUGCACUCGCUAAUUAUUUUCAGGGUAUAUGUUAUUGAAACAAAGCUGGAUUUUGUUUCUUUUGACGAUAAAAACCUUCAAACAGGACGUAACUUUGCUGGCAAACGUGAUUUCCCCUUAUAAAACUUUUGUACGGAUCAGGUUCAAUGUCUGAGUCACAGCAGGGACCAGAAAUUUGAGACGUCAUUAGUGAAAAGAACUAUUCGCUAGACAGAUUUUACCUGCAAGUGGUUAGCGACCUGUGUUCUUAAAAAGGUCAGUACGUGGUGUAAGCAUCAUACAUUGCUUCUAGUUAAUAACGUCAAACCACUAUAUGAUGCUUACACCACGUACUUACCCUUAAAAGGGUGCCCUGCGCAAGGAACUCUGCUAUCGAUUUUUUUAUUUUAAUUGAGGACAAAGUUAUUUAGCAACGUUGGUUACACCGCAAAAUUGCAGAAAAAUGCUUAGAAAUCUUGCUAUUGUGAUACAAUUUGCAUAUUUAGCAUCAGACCAUAAAAUGUUUUUGUUUUUUCGAGCAACUUUUGAGUAACUUUCGUCACAAAAAGCAACUUUUGAUUGAUUUUUGAUCAACUUUUUGAGAAAUCACGUUAAACGUUUUGGAAAAUGUCGAGCAACUUGUGGAAAGCCCUACCAAUAUCUCAAAUAUUGGCUGACCACUGAGAAAGGUACCCCUGGUAUAAUAAGUUUAAUUUAAGGGCUUUAUUGUCGUGUCGUCAUUGCCAUUUAAGUUAAACGUCAAAAAUAUUUACUGUAGAAAGCUAAAAGAAAAAUAAAGAAUUGACGUCUUGUCACUGAUGUGACUGAUCAUCUUUUUUUAUUUUGCCAAGAUUAUUGUAUUUGUACUGAAAACGGAUAUGUAAAAUGAUACGAUUGUUGGUAUCUAUGAAAAGUUUAUGUUACCGAAAAAUCAGCUUAUCAUAGAGAUCGUUUUCCAGAAAAAAAAAAAAAAAAAAUAUAUAUAUAUAUAUAUAUAUAUAUAAUAUAGUAAUAUAAUGAAUUGAAGAUUUCAUCAGCUAUUAAAGUGCUCAAUAGAUAAACUAGAGCGAUGUGUAGAUUUGCAGAGUUGGAUUAUUUGGUCGAAGACAUUUAUUGCUACUCAGAGUUUCAUGCUCCUUGCGGAGCAAUCAUCAGGCAACUGCUAAAAAUAACGGAUACAUAUGAUACAUAUGAAGAUAUACAAAAUUUGAAAAUACAGAACAAUGCGUAGUGGCGUGACAUGCAGAAAUAUGAUUGGUUGCUAAGCGAAUACGUUCUUCAAGAGGAAUUUCUUAGAAUGUCUACAAUUAGAUAUCAGUUCGCUUCUGUUGUUCGGGGUUGACAUUUCGGGUUUACAGAUAAUAAAAUAUUUUUCCCAUAAACACAAGUUACAUCUCUUGCUUAUACUAGAAUAUGAUCGGGCCUGUUUUACCUUUCGCCAUUUGAUAUAUCUUUAAGACUCCAAAUAUAUUUACUUAAUUCAGUUGCAUGCUUAUACCGCUCGUUCUUAAAUGAGCACACAUUUGGAGUCUUAAAUAUAUAUAUAUAUAUAUAUAUACAUUUAUAUGGUUCUGGGGGUGCACUUAAAUUUCAUUGACUUCCCAUUACUAGAGUUGCUUGUACAUGUAUCGUGGCAAUAAACCGUUUUCAGUGUUUUAUUCCUCUUCUAAGCUCUUUUAGAAGAUAUACGUUUAACUUUGAAAUUUGAAAUUUCAUUCAACCCAUUUUGGUGACGGCAUCUGUUGUGACGUCAUUCAACCCAUUUUGGUGACGGCAUCUGUUGUGACGUCAUGAUUUGAAAUUUUUGCGUCAAACAAAAUCUUUAAAUUAUCUGGUCAACAAAUGUGCACUAUCUGGCAAGUUUCAUAAAGGAAUGUAAAGAAUACGUAAAAUUAGCCUAAAGAUCGAUUUAAGGGGGGUUUGGCCCCACGAUAUUGCACAACUCCAAUUGAAGCGAUUUUACUUGAUAGAUUAAUUUCUUGGAUACUGAUUUCGAACUUCUUUGUUUAUUGUUGUCGUGGUAAAGUCGAUUUUACCAAAUACUGUGCCAUGUCAAGCUUCAAUCCAAACCCAGUUUAGAUGGUGACAAUCGCGAUCUGACGAAGGCCUCUUCUAAGGCGAAUACAAAAAUGCUAGUAUGGUCUUUAGAAAACUACAGCAAAAAACCUCAGUCAUGUUAGUCAAAUCUCCAAAGUGUGUCCCUUAAAUUUACAGUCAAUUUUUAAACAUAAAUUUCUUUUUGACUCAGCCAAUUCAUAGCAACGUAAGCAUGAGUCAUAAAAUUACUCAUACUUACCUUCCUAUGACUUGGCUAAGUAAAAAAGAGAUUAACAUUGCUGUUUUAAUUUAUUUUGAUUCAGUGACCUUUGGAACAAGUUCGACUUCGCCAGUCUAGUAGUCUAUUUCAUUCUACUGAUAUUGCGAAUUGUUACAUGGGUCAAUGGUGGAUCAGCUACGAACAACAGAGCCCUUCUUAUUGCUGGCUAUCUGUACAGCUUUAACACCUUGUGUCUUACCAUCCGAGCUUUUGGCCAGGUGAUGGAGCAACCAAGAGAUGUUGGAACUAUCCAGAUCGCCCUCUUUGGCAUCCUUAAAGACGUGCGCACAGUAUGGUGGCAGUUCAUUGCGGUAAUCUUGGCCUUCUCCAUGGCUAUUACGAAGAUUUACAUGUCCGAGAGAUCGUUUAUUGCAAAUGAAAGUGCACGAGUUGAAAUGUAAGUGUCUAGAGACUCAGGGGUUUUAAAAGCCCUUUGAAUUCAUCUUGCAAUUAAUACAUUGGUUCAUGUACACGUCAACAGAGUGAAAUAGCCCUAUCUGAUUUAUAACACAGUUCACUUUAAGUUGGAAGUCUAUAUGCGUAUCUGGUCUGACCUCCUUUGAACUAAGGUGCCCAGACUGAUGGCUUAAAAUUUGCCUUCUUUCAAGUUAAACCUCACUAGGUGUCCAAUACUUUCCUCAGUAUUCUUGCAGAGCCCAACAGACAUGCCUUCUGUAAAAGAUCGAAUGCACAGGACAUUUCUAUGGCCUUGAUCGAGACCUUUGAUAAGUCCCUCUGGCACCGUCCCCAAAGCUUCAGUGACUAUUAUUGUUAUUAUUAUUAUUGUUGUUGUUGUUGUUAUUGUUUUGUUCUUAAUAAACAGUUCUCUUGCGUAACAUUACGUGGUCUAAAGUAGGUAAACAAACACACCAAACUAGAAAGCUUUAUUCUCUGUUAUUCUUGUUCAUAUUCUUCCUUCAUUCGACUUCCUGUGCAUAAAACUACAAACAGGUUGCCUUUUAACACAGGUGUCACUUUUCUUUUAGUGCUUGCAAGGAACCUGGACUUUCGUGGUACGUGUUGCUUGGAAAUAUUUAAUGUAAACCCUAUUCGAACGCGAUUUUUCUGGUUUUCUGAGACGGAAGUGCUUAGGGGUAGGGCGGUUUGGGCGGUCAAAGGAGCUGUAUCACGUAAUUGGGCCAAAUUAAGCCAUUAAGAACCGAGCAUCUAAUUUAGUAAAAUAUAGAAAUGAUCGUUUAAAACAGUCCGGGGACACUUAAAUGUAUAACGCAGCACAAAUACAAAAAAGGUACGGACGGUCCAACAUUCAAAAAAAUUAAAACAGACUGCAAUUGUGGCUUUUGAGCUUUUUAGUCGGUUAGUUUUUCGAAGCUUGUCUUUUACCAUCGGGCAAAAAUUAUUAUUAUUAUUAUGUCCUGAACCUGCGUUUUUGUCCUUCAGAAAAAACAAGACCCCCUGCAUAAUGGGGGUUCUUUGGCCUGCGCGGGCGCGAUGCAGAGGUUUUUAAAAUAUUUUGGGAGUUAAAAAUUAUAAUUACACUUUCUUCUGGCUAGAAAUUAUAGCUUUUCCUAACCCUGUGAAAUGGGAUAGAGAAAAGAACUGAAGAGUACCUUCUGCCCUUAUGAAUGAAAAUAGGCAAGUUGGUAUUUCGAAACAAGAAACGAUUGGCUUUAUUUUUAACUGGGACAUUUCGAUUACGCAGCCCCUUUCCCCAAUCCCUCUGCUCCCCAAAUAUAGCAUGACAGGUUAACGUGACAAAUUUGAUCUAACCCGAACUUCCAAAAACGUGACAGGGUUACUUUUGCGAGCACAAUCCAACAAAGCCUACGGCCACCCCUCACGGAUGUUUAACGGAGCUGUUUAUAUACUAUAUACUAUAUACUAUAUACUAUAUACUAUAUACUAUAUACUAUAUACUAUAUACUAUAUACUAUAUACUAUAUACUAUAUACUAUAAACUAUAUACUAUAUGAUAUAUACUAUAUACUAUAUACUAUAUAUUAUACACUAUAUACUAUAUACUAUAUAAACAGUAUAGUCAUGCUUUGAGCUGCGCGUAUAUCGAGUUAUGGAUGCACUUGGGAAGUAUAGCCAUGUUUCAAAUUAUUUUCUCCCACCUUGAUGUGAGCCUCAGGAGGUGUGAGUGCUGUGAUUGAGUGCCCCCCCCCCCAAAAAAAAAAAAAAAAUUAUAGCAGCGUCAAUAAAUAAGAAAAAAAAAAGAAAAGAGAAACAUGUCAGCAAAACGUUUAUCUUCUCGUUUAAUACUACCCUGCGAAUGCAGACGCUUCUUAUCGAUCCCUGCCGUUUGAGACAUUUAGAGAUCCCAAGAUCCUCUCGUGACAUGUUCAAAUCUUCGCAGUAUUGAUUUAAUUUCAAAUUAUACCGAAAGAAGUGAUUCAAAAACAUCAUCGAAGAAUCGCAAAUUAAAUAUGAUCCUUACUCAGUACAUAGAAAAGAAAGGUUUUGCCUGCUUUUUUCAGGUUGUGCUCGAAAUAGAAACAUAAAAUUACGCGCGCCUUGCACCGAAGCAAAGUGAAGAUACAUGUCAUUAAAAGAAUCUAAUGAUUUUGUUGCAAGCCCAAUAAAAUCCUCAAAUGAGGCCCAGCUGUUUGAAUUCCCUGCCACAUGUCAAAUGUCCGAGGGUUGCCAAGGGGGGUAAGCAAGUGCCCACCUCAUGAGUAGUGAUAAAAUUUCUAAUGGCCCACCCUAUAGUUGAGAACAAUGGGGCUUGUACACUUACUGAACCGUCAUAUUCUUGCUCACGCACAGCUGGUGGACGAUUUUCUGUGAUCUGGGCUGGUCUCUGCUGGAUCGUUCUGAAGGUUCUGGCCUCAUGAUAUCUGUGGAUCCCACCUCGACCAUCCUUGCUGAAUUGCUUUACGCUGCUUUUCUUGUCUUGGGGGUGGUUCUUCUCAUUAACAUGCUGAUAGCCUUGCUGUCCAAUACGUAUCAAAAAACAGAGGUAAAGACUUGGCGUAGUAUUUUGAAACUAGUGCACGAAAAAAGGUGUGGAGUUAUGUCUGGUGGUUUUGAACUUGUACAAGUAAACUUAAAAGAACGUUUAUUGAUUCCCAUUUAGUCACACACGUAAAAAUUUACUGUGCACAUUACCAUUAUUCUUAAAAGAACACACAAAUAUAAUGUUAAAAUUAAAAUGCAUACGCGAAGAUAGCUGCGCUCCGCUGCCUUAGGGAGCAAAGACUUCUAUCGUUACUUAUUUUAAUAGCUUUUUGAUUGUUGUAAUUCUUUAGUAAUUGCCCUAGGUAGAACACUUAACGUACAUACCAUAUUUUUUAACCUGUUAGCUGGUUUCAAUAUAUUCAUACUGCUGCCCCCUUAUCGCCCCAGCCGCCGAGGUGAGGCGAUAUACGUAUUUCUAAUAACACAUAAACACAAUGUAAUGACAGUUCCUGGGUGGGGGGGGGGGGGGGGUAAGCGUUUUAGAGUGAAUGGUGCAAUAAAGGUAAUAUAUAAGUAACGUUCAAGCUGUUGAAUAAUUGAAUAUUCUAAACCUAGACAAUACUUAUCAACCGCUUAAAAACGUGCACAUGAGGUGCUGUUUAACAAUCUUUUUAAAAGUGGAGACUGAAGAAAUAUACGAAUGUACAAGUACUCUGUAGGCGACUGUCCAGGGGCAGUCAACGAGAAUAUAAUUCAAAACCACUUCAACAUAGCAAUGUUAAACGAAUUUUAGUAUUUAAACGGUAGAUGUAGGCAUAUAUUUAUCCCCUAAAAAUUUUCAUCUGUUUGGAUUUCCUAGCUGAAAGUCUAGUGAUCCGAAAAUUAUAGGGGUCCUAACUUACCUUUUCGAAAAUUUCAGCCAGAAAAAAGGCUCCCGAAAAUUUUAGGUGACCUUUUUAGGGUAAAACUUCGUUUAAAAUAGGCAAUUAUACCAUUUUUUAGAUGUUCGAAAAUCCUAGGAGAGGCAGGCAAGCAAGAAAUUUUACCGCAAAUGUUCCGAAAAUUCUAGAUCUCAAAUCGUCUUCCGAACAAAUAUUUUCCGAAAAUUGACGUUGUUUGCUCCUGACUGUUUGGCGGCUUGAAGCAUAAUUGACCUGACUUUCGUUAGACGAUAAGAAGAAAUUCUGUUGUUUAAAACUCCAAAGAAUACCUCUUAAAAGCUAGUGUGCUGUUUCUGAACGAGAAAUUUUCAUAUAAUAAACACAACUUAUCUUGCAAAUAAGCAAAAACAACUGAAGCCAACCACUUAAGGUUUCGUAUUUCGCCUGUAAACUUUUUGCCUUUGCUUUUUCCGGUGUGUCAGUAUUCAACAUUCGUUACUUCGAAUGAGAUUUUCUCAAACAUGCAAUCCGUUCUAAAUGAAAAUUAUCUCUAGAUAUAUAAUGAGCGGAACGCGCUGAUAAAAAAACAUGUAAAAAAACUUGAACCUUUAGUGCAACAAAUAUGCUAUAACGGCUGUCCAACUUCAAAUAAUUGUCAGCGUAAGUUGUCACGUUCACGCGAAAGCAGACGGAGCGGUCACGGAAACAACUAACAAAAAUAACUCUUGCAGCACGCGCGCGAACUUGCAAUAGAUUUCAGAAAAUAUCAUGGGGCAGGGGGAUUCGCUCUCUUUCUCAUUAUUUCUUGAUCUGAAUCUGAAAGACUUUCCUCCAGCGGCAGAAAUGCAGUGGCGAAUGUCAAGCUGGUGAUUAUUCCAUGGCUAACGGUCAUGUCUGUCGAGACUGCAAAAGAGUACUCAAGGGAGGGGCCAUUAAUGUGCUUCUUCGUAAUGAGAGUAUCUCUGUAAAUAAGCAGUUAACGCUCAACAGGCAGCCAUUUAAGUUGGCUCAGGAAUGCGGUUAUGUGCUCAAAUUUCCUGGUCUGUGUUGCAGUUCUAGCUGCAUGCAAAGUUCUGUAAAGCUUGCAGUUUCCUGAUGUUUAAGGAUGAUAUGUUCGACCAGACAGCAGAGCAAUACAUGAGCUUGCUGAAGACUGAGGGUGGAUUUUCACUGUCGCGUAAUUUUUACGUGUAACGUAAGACGUAUUAUUCUUUUUAUGAAAAUAAAAAUGUCAAAAUCAACAUUUUUGCUGUAACACAACGCAGAGCGUAUUAUUACGUGGCAAUGAACGUGUCAAAACAAGUCACAAGAAUUUCGGCAUCCUUGCCUUCAAAUGUGAGUUCUGAAACUGAUCAAUGAUAAGUGGAAGUUUUCAGUCCUCGCCCUCAGGCCAGUCUGGAACUUUAUUAUUCAAGGCUCUCUGGAAAAUUAAAAGAUCACGAUCCAGUUGCAUCUCUUUUCCCAGUAACGUAUCAGAAACAAGUUCUGCGCCUUUAAUCUGGGCCGCGUCCCUGUCAAGAAUGAUGUCUUAGCGCGCUCCCAUGCGCUUGCUAAAUGUUUGAUGCUUUCCUCUUCCUCGAUCUUCUGCUUGACUUUCAAGUGAUUUAAUCUCGCGCUGAAGCUCGUUAACCUUUAUUUUGUGCUCGGGAUGUUUAUCUUUUAUUUUUCACUGAUCAAUAUUUGAACAAGGAGGACUGUGGCGUGUUGGCUUCGUAUGGCCAGUUGUACGACAAUCAUUGCAUACGCGUCCUGGAAGGCUUGCGAGUGUCAUGUAUUCGUUCUCUAGCUGAUUAAGUUUCUGCAGUUCUUCCUUUGCAGUAGCUACCUGCACUUUCAAAACAGUAACACUGAAUUUAAUUUCCUGUUGUUUUGAAUCUAAAGGGCUACGUCCUUGCUGGUCAUUUCGAGCUGAUGUGGGACUCGCUGACGCCUCUUCAGUGAAACAUGCUGACGGAAAAGUUGAUGCAUGAUACGACAGUUGUUUGGGUUCCAAACAACGAAGUUCGUCGCCGGUAUUUUCCAAGCCAAAGCGGCACUCGCCUCAUUUUGCGCGGGCACGGAGAGUCAGUUUUUUUUUUAGAUUGAAUGAUUGUUUUCUUGUAGUCGUGGUCUUUCACUUCUUUCGCCGUACGAAGCCUUUCCGGCGAGAACGCAAAAAAAAAAAUCUGCUUGACAAACGUUCACCAUAUCCGUAGCGAAGUCUAAUCUUAUCUGCGUCCAGGUGAGCCAAAGAAGAACAAUUCUUUUUUAUGCUACUACUUACAAGACCAUCGUAUGAGAUAUUUUCUAGGAGAAAAGCUGCGAAGCGUUUCCCUCCGUAUUCAACUUUCACCUGGAAGGCCAUUUCGUUCGCUGGUUGUGAGACCUGUAAAAUCGCAAGGGAUUGAAUGGACUUCUAAUUGACAUCUCCGCCCUUGGCAAUUUUCCUGUUCUGGAUUGGCUGGCUCAUUUUAUAGUUAGCAAAACCUGUCAAAAUUUAAUCAAACAGUUUCUCGAGUGGCAAUGGUAAGGCUCGUAGCACUGUAAUGACGGAGUCACCUUAAGGACAGAAAAAGGACAGAUUUUUUUUUUAAAUUUGCGUAGAACUAUUUUUUUGGAUUUGUUUAUUCGAGUUAGUGUUUCUUUUUUGUGUGUGUGUAAAAAAUACACGGAAUAGUUUAGAGUCAUCAACAUACUGUAGGAUUCAAGUUGACGUUUUGGGGGAGUUUAUGGCGGGUAUCGUUCUUGUUAAUGCAAAAAAAAAAAAUAGCAGGGACAGUAUGGAUCCUUGUUGCACUGUGACUUGUUGGUCGGGGUGAAGAGACCACUGAGCCUAUCCGGACGGCUUGAGUUUGGCAAAGAAAGGUUACUUCUAAACCACAUGUCGAUCUUGGGAGAAGCAAUGACACAGCUCAAUUUAUGAAGAAGGACCGAAUGACUGAUAAACUGUCAAACGCCUUCGACAAGUCCAGUUGGAUUUGAGCAGUACAUCGGUGAUUUGAAUAUUAAGCGUUUCGGUGGAAUGGUUCUUUUUGUUUUCUGCUUUGUUUGGGAGAAGGGUAGUCUUUAUCAGACAGAUAGGGUCCCAUGAAACUGUUUUAAAGCGACUUUCUCGAAGACUGUAGAAACAACAUUGAGUAGCGACAGGGGCCUGUUAUGCGUGGCUGCUUCGUGGCUACCCACUCUCAGCUAUCUGUCAGAGGGUCUAGUAAUUCAGUGAGAUAAUCUUUGAUGACCCUUAUGCUAUGCUAACUUUUAAUUAUCUGGGCUGGGAGAAUUAUUUGAUGGCUUGGAUAAUAUGACGCUUUGUAAAUCGUGCGUGCGGUUGCGCAAUGAACGGCUUAUCACUGUAUGCUGGAUAUCGGGGAGAAAUUAGUGUAAAUGAAAUGAAAUUAGCGACAGAUGUAUGCCACAUUUGUCCACGCAAGAGACUUCCUCCAUUGAACAAAACAGGUCAUCAAGUAGAUGUUAAAAAGAAUGCGGCUGGAAGAUUCAUUCACGUGCGAAGAGGAUCGAGGUAGACGUGUUAUAAAUAUAUGUCUAAUGUCGCAGUUGAAUGAAUACGGUAAUCUCAGCAUAUCGCUUCUGCCACGGAGGGUGUGUUUUUCGAAGAGGUACUUGUUAAAGACUCGUGGAAAAGUCACGUCGCUGAGAGUCAAUCAGAUUGCAAGGAUCACCAGUAAUUUUAAAAUGGAUGUAAUAAAAAUCAAAACGGCUUAAUAGAUAAAGUCCCGAAUCUGGGAAAUAAAAGGAGGUAAAUAUGCAAAGACCCUCGCCAAGAUUCAGAUCGGUGCAGUUUUUCAUGUGCAAGAUAUUCGAAGAAAUGAUUUACCCAGAUUUGUAGACCUUUGUAUGGAGUCGCCAUGUCAUGGUACCCCGCUGAGGGGCACCAACAUCUGGUGGCCGGAAACCAUCUGAAACAUUUGUCACUGAGUUUGAUACGAAUCGAAGAGUGAACUCAUCUCUCGAGGGACUCAUAAACAUUAAAGUAAUAUUUUCCCUAAUACAAAGACUGUUCAGAUGGCAAAACUAAAUUACGUCACUUUUUUGUAUUAGUCACUGAGUUUCUUCUCUGAAAAACUGCAACGGUGAACUCUGCCACUUUUUGUUCUUUCAAGUCUCCUGGCGUAAAGUUGAGCUUGCUUUUUACGUCUACGAAAACAUGAAACAGAUGCAUUCUUUGCAACUAAUUGCUGCCGGUUCCAAAUACAAGACAUGAAUAUGCGUACACGAACUAUGAAGGAACGUGCUAUUAUAGGAAUUUUGUACUCAUUUAGCCUGCUACUUCUUAGAUUAUACGGUGUGACACGGAUUUUGAAUAAAUUAGCUAUUUAACAUGUUUUAUGCUCCUUAAAAAGAUUAAAAUAGAGCACCGUAAUUUUGUUUAACUUAUAACCUAAGUUAUAUUCAGAAUUUUAUUGGCUGCCAAAGCAAUAACUACCUUUGAUGUCUUCUUAAUAUUAAAUUUACACAUAUUUUUUAAGUGUGCUGACGGAGGGUAUUGCUUUAUAUGUCAUGUAUACAUUAUUUUUUGGCUUUAUUAGCCUCUGGCUCGGGAGACCGGAUAAACUACCUAGCUACUUAGCUUGGAGCUGCUACCUGGACCUUUCAUUCCCGGACAAAGUACAGUGAUUUGUAUGAAAUUUUCCACCCAAGACCUCAAUUCUUUAUGUUUAUUGACAUAAAUUGUGACUCGCUUUUCUAAGUAGUCAAGUUAUUUUGUGUACGUUUGUGAGUUGUUUUCCAAACCUGGAUAAUCUGUCACGCAUGCCUUUUUGCGUGACCUGUAUAAUAAUAAUUUUCCAUGUUUUUUACACCCGUGCGUAAAUAAAGAUCUUUUUCAUGAUGACGUGUUCAGCUGUGUUUUUCGUCUCUUUUCCUAAGUACUAAGUACCCAAAAAUCGACGGCAAUGAUGAAAAACGUUCUAGCAUUUUUGGAAUUGAGCUUCUAGCCACUCAAACCAAAAGCAAGAGCCUGAAUCGCUGAAAAGUCUGCCGUAUUUAAAAGACUCAGAUUCAUCUGGAAAAACAUCACAAAAUGGUCUGUGUCGGGAAAUAUCCAAUUUGUAUAAAGUGUCCUCCCUUUUUAACGUUCCUGUUAUCCUUUACAAAACAAGUUAAUUAUAAAGCUCAAUAGCGAAAAAUUAUGCAAUUUUGAAAUCGCCGUACUAUCCGACUGAAGCAGGAAAAUUUCUCUUGCAAUAACAAGACAAAUUACACAAGAAGACAUAAAUUUAUUACUCACAAAAACAACUGCUGCCAGGUCUUCUCAAGAAGCCGUAAUAACCAGCCAUUGUUCGUAAAUGUUGUUGUUCGCUAAAACACAAGUUUUCUGGAUUUCGCCCGAGCAAAACAUGAACAUCUUUUAAGCGCCGGAAUCCAACCAUACUCCACGACUUCUUACGAACUUGUGAGUAUUUUAACUUUAGGUGGACUUUACGACUCUUUUACCUUUGUUUCUGCUUAGUUUCCCAUUGAUCGUUAACGAAUAAAUAAGCAAAUGUUCUUUCUCAGUUUUACACAAAGAAUUUUCUUUCAAACUAGACGAUUGUGGCGUGUUUGUAACCAGCCAAUAGAAACGUUUGUUUUUCUGUGUCGCGCGUUACGACAAUUUUGCAGUUAAUCAAAAAGCAAGCAUUUUUGUCUGCUAUGUUAUAAAAGAAUUUGCUCAUGCUUUGAGCUGUGCGUAUAGCGAGUUAUGGAUGCACUUGGGAAGUUUGGAGAGCACUCAGAAAAGCUAGAGUUGCUCUCGGCUGCGCCUCGAGCAACUCUUACGCACUUUCGUGUUCUCCAAACUUCCUGCGUGCAUCCAUAACUCGAUAUACGCACGCUAAGCGUGAACAAAUUCUUAAUUUUCACAUGGCGUCACCAAAAUUCAAAAAAAAAACCAAAUUAUCGAUUCUUCUGAAUUUCUACUUUCAUGAGAUAUUAGGGCUAAACACCUUCAUUUUACAAAUUUUCUAUUCGAAAGGGUUUUCGUUUGGCGAUAGAGGGCGACUUGAAUUUCCAAGUUUUUGCGUGACGCGGCAUUUAGCUGGCGGCCGAGAAAGCCCUCAUAUGGGUUAAACACGUUACCGAUUUUUUGAGAUUUUGCUGUGAAACAUUCCUUGUCUCAGAUUAAAUAUUACUUGAAUCUUUAUUAGUUACCCAAGUCAUAAAUUCACACUUUGGUUUCCGGCCGCCAUAUUUGUACUUUCAACGGGACACCAACUCGUUUUCUCCAUACAAAGCUUUAUAAAUUUGGCUAAAACAUUUUCCGACUAUCUCACGUUAUGAAAUAUCGGACAGAUCUGAGUUUUGGCGAGGUCUCUUUUAUAUUUAUCUUCUUUUAUUCCCCAGAUUCUGGACUUUCUGUAUAGAAUGGCUUAACUUUUUUUUAUUUAACUUAUCACAUAACCAUUGCCCAGUGGAUCCAGAGAGAGUCGAUUGUGGUCAACUCCGGUGCGUGAGAAAACCUGGUUUGUGACCAUAGGUCACAACCAUGAUACUGAAGGUCAUGUUGUUUGUUUUACAAGGCUUCCCACAACUUUGGGACCUUUAACCUGCGGGCCAGGAUUUGAGUGGAUAUCACUGCUUGCCACCAACCUGCACAUCUGGAAACUUGAACUCGAGUUGGAGUAAUUAAUAUCUUAUUUCGACAACUAUGAAAACUACGAAACCUUUGUGCAGGACAUGUGAAAUUCAAAUAUAUGUAUGGCAGUGUCAACGCUGACCGGAUAUAGUUGCCAAAAAUAAGUAAAGCAAUAGUCCCGAACAAUCUCAUAAUCAACGAACCGUAUCAAACCAGCCACUGAUAAGCAACAGUAAAAAGAUGACAGUGCACACAAGCUCUUAUUUGUCUAGUAUUUGGAUCGACUGGUAUAAAGCAUCGGGGCACUCACAAACGCCUUCGAUUAGAAAAACAUGGGUGAGGAGCGACAUGAGACCUACAUAAUCCGACAUCUCGAGAUAUCGGAACAUAAUAAUUAGGCUAGUAUUGAUUCAAUUUGAACCAAACUGAGCAGAUACAUGGAUGUUUGAGUACGAAAGGCACUAUAGCCGGUAUAGUUAUUCUUUUAGGUAGGUUUUAUGCUGACAUAGACUAAAGAUCUUAACAUGAUGUUUACCGUGACCGCUUCUUGACACUGUCUUCUAGACCGAUUGCAUUUGUGAAGUAUUUUUCCUGUUAUUUUGCUGCUCUGUCAGAACAAGAAGUUGAAAACAUGUACCUUUAUAGGUACGAAAUCUAUUUUAGCCGAAUUAUUGCAGAAGUAAAAGUUUAAUCGAAGGUUGCUGUCGUUGUUUGCAGGUCAGUUCAUCAUUAUUAUUUACCCUUCCGUGUUUUACCUAUGUAUUCAUUAUUGACAAUAAUUGCUUUCCUUGAAAGAUGUACAAGAAGUUAGUAUCUGGUAUGUAUAUUUUAGAUCACCUAAUGACCACAUGCAAAGACACAACAAACGCCUUCACACUUAUGAUGUAUAUGUUGUGGUUCAAUUUUUUCCUUGGUUUAAGUUUCAUUUUCUUCGUUUCAAAUUUAUUAUCAUACAUUACCAUACUCCAAACCAAAUGAAAAUAAUAUUUAAACCAAGGAUAAAACUGAGCCACAACACAUACAUUAUGCCAAAUGGAUGCUGUUUCCAAAGAAAGUCCCAAAUUUUUCCAGCGCGUGAUUUUUCGUGAUCGAGAAAUAUGAUGCUUGAUUAGCAACUGCUCCCAGCAUUUAUCUUUCCUUUAGGAACAAGUAGUUUAUUCUCUAUUUUUACCAGUGUUUCCCGUGAAAAAGUUUAAGGGACAAUCGAAUUUCGUGAGUCGAAGGUAACUGAAGGUCGCUGACGAAGUGUGAAAUAAAAUGUCACACGCACAUUGUUGCGGGAUAAUAUAUAUGACCAGCUUUAUUUUUCACUAACCAGCUUAUGAGCGUUUUUUAGCGGAACACCGUGGGUAAAAAUAAUGGUACCCUAUAGAUGCGAGAAUUUUGGCAAUCACGUGACCGUCCUUCCACCCCUACAUGUAAGCUAAUGUCAAAUGUCACAUUUACUAUGACUAGCACUUUUCUAAUGCAUGACAAAAGCCCACGGACAUGCUAUCCAAAUUAAGAUGAAUUGAUAGCUGUCAGAGCCGAGUCUUCUCUUCGACUAAAUUCUAAUGUCUACAUUGACGUGGAUAACAGCUAGGGAGAGAGAAGAAAAACAAAGGAGACGAAUUUUAUUUAAAAAAACAUGAAAUUAUGGUAGCGACAUUCAGAAAAUGAGAAAUGUUAGCGGCCACCGAGGUGAAAAUGAGCGGGAGUGAAGAAAUAGCGAGCAGGAAUACGUACGACAUUUCCCCAUAAAACUUGUAACUAGGAAAUUUCACCUUGUAGUCUUGAGUAAACUAUAAGUACAGUCGAACCUCCUCUAACAGGGCUACCUCUCCGCAACGGCCACCUCCCUAUACAAAGGUCACUUUAUUUUGUCCCGGCGGACGGUUCAUACAUUGACUCUUAUUCAAGGUGGCUGAAUACAGUUUUGCGGGCGGUCAGCGGUAACUCGCGUGACCGCGCGUGUUUUAAAUUAGAUAAACAAACAUGGCGGCGAAAAAAGCAAUGGUACCCAUAAGACGAUUUCUCAAAAUCUGCUCAUUAAAAUUUUGCGAUAUUUGGCAGAAUUUGUACUUUUAUCGUACUUUAAAUAAUGAGAACUUUAAAAUGGAUAUUGAACAAACAAAUUUUGUGACACGUUUAAUAAUUACAGUACAAUUACAUUAUUGAUUAUCUAAAAACCCCUCCGUUAAAAUUUGGUCAAAUAAGUUUCAAACGGAAAUGAUUAAUGAUAGUAAGCUCUGUGCACGUUUAUAGGGAAAUCUAAUGAGCGAAUGUUAUGUAAACUGAGCACAAGUGAAAUUUUAAGGCUGUAUUCAAUUGUUCAUGUUGCCAUGGAAACUACGAAAACGUCACAUUUUACCUGUCAAUCAAAAUCUUUCAUCAGUAUAUUUUUCAAUUGCCAAGUUUCAGCUUGUGAGCUGGAACCUUUCUCUUGCCAUGAUUUGGUAAAUGACAUCUGACUCACAAACUGCCGAAACUGUGUUCAGCCACCUUAAAUCCCUCUAAAACGGCAACGACCACUAAAGUGUGUCCCCAAGCGUCAAAAUAACCUCUCCAUAACGACCGGUUUUUUAAGCGACUCAUGAAAAAAAUCAAGAAUGGUCAUGAAAUUUGAUACGUAUGUCGCUUUUAUGAUUAAUGGCGGCACAAUCGUACAUUGAUUGUGUUCCAUUUAUGCUACUGCAAUAGGCAUAAAUUGUCUAUGAUACUUAUAGUGAAGGUUGUGAGCCUUGCUCGUUUUGUCACGUCAACAUUUUGAUUCAAAACAUAAUUCAAGCUUUCUGUGUAUUUUAUCUCUAUAUAUUAUUUAUGACUAGAUUAUCAUUAUGGGAUACAGUAAGAAUGAACCUAGUACAAUAAACAUGUUGUACUCCUUAAAAACACCCUGCACCCCUACCUCCCCAUAACAGCCACCUCUCCACAACGGUCACUUUCGUCUGUCCCCAAGGUGGCCGUUGUGGAGAGUUUCGACUGUAUAUUAACAAGUUAGCGCUUCGCUUUUAGCCCUGGCUAAAUCUAUAUCAUUAUCUGCUCAAUUAAGUUUAAGUUUAAGUUUAAGUUUAAUAAUGCUUUACCAUCCAUACAACAAGAAUAAUGAAAAUUUACAGUAAAGGAUGGAGGGAUAGUGGCAGGGAGAAACUGAAUUCCCAUUCUAGAGCUACUCUCCUUUCGUCCACAUGAACACAUUGAAAAAAAAAAAACCCUUAGGCUAAUAUAUUACAAAGAUAAAAAAAUAAAAAAAAACUGGAAAAAACUGUUUCAGUGAAAUGGUUUGGUAUUUCAUUGGUGUUUAUAUAAUAAAUAGAACAUUACAUGGCCGCUUGUUGAAAAUAUUUCACUCGUUCGCUGCGCUCACUCGUGAAAUAUUUUUCAACACGCGAAGAGAAAUUUCCUAUCUCCGCGCGGCCAUGUAAUAUCCUCUAUUUACAAGAUAACAUAAGAAAUAGAAUAAUAACAAUAACAUAAAAUGGAAUUGAUAAAAAUUAUGCAUCAACAAAUGUGUUUGUUUUUCAAUUGUUAACAGGACAACGCUAUAAUGGAAUGGUCGUUUAAGAGAGCGAUUACAAUUCAGACGUUCGAUGGAUACGAUCCGAUUCCAGUACCUUUUAACACCAUCUACAGAAUAUUCAAACUACUGAGGGUUUGCUUUCUCAGGUUAAAAGGAACCCCUAAACAGGGGAAAAGAAUAAAAAGAGAUAAGGUGGGUGUAAAAGCAGCAAUCUAUUUGUUUGGACAAGAAUCGAUAGUUUUUCAGCAAAUUUGUCUGUCAUUGUUUUCUUUAUUUUUGUGUUCACUAAUAUGAUUUUUUGUGGGUUAGGGUUAGAGUGAAUUAUCUCCUUUUCUCUUUAUCGUUUCUAUUAGAGUACAUUUCGUCUAAAGAAUUCAUCUUUGGGAAAACUCGUAAAACAACUUGAAGAGAAAUACUUCGCGAAGUAUACAAAUUCGUUUCCAAUUACAGGUACGCAUACUAAGAACCAUUAUGUACACGCUGGCAGGGCUUGAAAUAUAACCGCAGGAAACAUUAGGCCGACUUAGGGGCUGUUCAUAUGGGGUGAGCCUGCCCGAUUAGCCGGAGUGGCUCGGCUCUUCUCUGUUUUCCGUAUAAAUUGUCGUUGUGUAUAUAUGAGAAGGCGGACUGGCUGGUGAUGCUCAAUAUACCAAGUCAAUAUAUUUACUAUUGUCUCGUUUUAUUUUGUGAAGUUUAUUGUGUUAUUGUGUACGGGCUAGGAAUCAUUGUUGCGUUCUUUGUGACGUAACUCGAGACUCGCUAUUCACUUGGUACAUCGUGCACCAGCCGGACUGGCAUAAUUAACGCAAACUGAAAGAAUCAACCACUAAAAAUCACUACCCGGAUUUUAGGUAGUGACGUCACUGGACGGCAUUCACGGAAUGUCGAUUCAGACGUCCCUCUCGGAGGUAUGCGCCUCGUGGGGAUGUCUGAGAUUCAGGCUAGGAAACAGCCUUCUUACCGAGAACUAGCUUCGAGGAACCAAGAUCUCGGAUAGCUGGCCAACCCGCCUUCUAAUGUAAACAUAACGACAAUUUUAAGAGGAAACAAGGCAUAAGCCAAGCAAGCCCGGAAAAGGGGGCCAGCCAGGCGAACCGGGCUGGCGCACUUCAUUUAAGGUGGCUGAACACAGUUUUGGCAGUUUGUGAGUAUAUGUUAUUUGCCAAGUCAUGGUAAGAGAAGGGUUGCAGCUCACAAGCUGAGACUUGGCAGGUGAAAAAUAUACUGAUGAAAGAUUUUGAUUGACAGGUAAAAUUUGACAUUUUCGUAGUUUCCAUGGCAACAUGAACGAUUGAAUACAGCCUUAAAAUUUCACUUUUGCUCAGUUUACAGAAAAUUCCCUUAUUAGAUUUUCCUGUAAACUUGCACAUAGCUUACUAUAAUUAGUCAUUACCGUUUGAAACUUAUUUGACCAAAAUUUAAGAUAGGGGUUUUUAGAUAAUCAGUAAUAUAAUUGUACUGUAAUUAUUAAAUGUGUCACAAAAAUCGUCUGUACAAAUUCCAUUUUAAAGUUCGCAUUAUCUAAAAUACGAUAAAAGUAAAAAUUGCUCCAAAUAUCACAAAAUUUUAAUGAGUAGAUUUUUAGAAAUCGUCUUCUGUUUACCAUUGUUUUUUCACCGCCAUGUUUGUUUGUCUAAGUUAAAACACUCUCCGUCGCGCGAGUUACCGCUGACCGCCCGCAAAACUGUGUUCAGCCACCUUAAACAGUCCCUUAUAGAGGGACCAAUUACUAUCUAUUAUUAAGAGCUCCGGUGGCAGGGAGGAACAGGGUAUACGUCGCCUCAGACCAAAAAUGGCGGACAGUAGGGUGUGGUCCCUUUUGACCGAGGAGUCCUAGAUCCGAGAGAGGGUGAGUUCGUACAGAUAACUUUUAGGAUGUGGUCUGGCGCUAUAGUCGGGUUAGGGUAGGGCUCGGGCUAUAGUCGGAGUUCGGGUUCGGGUUCGGCCUAUAGUCGGAGUUCGGGUUCGAGUUAUAGUCGGAGGUAGGGUUCGGGUUGUAGUGGGAGUUCGGGUUCGGGCUAUAGUUGGAGUUUGGGUUCGGGUACUAGUCGGAGAUAGGUUCAGAUUAUAGUGAGAAAAAGAAAUUUUCGAAAUUAAUCGGUAUUUUCUUUGGAAACCCAUUGUAAACCGAAAAAGGGAGACUGGUUUGACACUAGAAAAACCUUGUAAACUGAAAAAGGGGACUGAUUUAACUCUGUAAAAACCUUGUAAAUCGAAAAACGGAGACUGAUUUGAUCAGGAGAUAAAAGCAGUCUAAAACAAUUCUUAUGAAUGAAAACAACUUGAAACUACUCAUUUAAGUGAGAACAGAUAAAGACAAGUAAAGGGAAAACUUGGUCACGUGGCACAUAUUCACGUUUGCCGUUUGCCGUAAACUUGGCACUUAAUAGCUCUAUUGUCUUCAAUAUCGGUGAAUAGCAAUAGAAAAACUGGACUUACUGUUAUGUUUUCAUUUAGAUGAAAGGAAAGUAGAAUGCGUGUGGCAAGAGACACAGAGAAACCGACAAAUGAUAAGCCAAAUCCUUAGCACAAUCUUCGCAUCUCAGAUUGGUGAUCGACAAACACUGUGUUCAAGUCAAAAUGUGAGUAUCCAUCUCAGAAAACAGACACCAAUAAGAAAACAGAAAACAAUUAACGCAAAAGGAAACAAGCCAAACAACGACAACAACAACAACAGAAAACAGAAGGAAAAAAUGUUAAGAGUAAACGGCAACAGGAAACAGAAACGUAAAAUACAAAAACAUAGAAAAAGGCCAGCAGAUUAACGGAAAAGUUACUAAAGUCUCUUUUUCGGUGAGUCGUUGUGUUAUCCCUUAUUCCUCAUUUUUUCUCCACACUGCUAUUUGAUUUAUACUAAUAAACUUGCCAGAGACAUGCAGCGAUAACAGUGAAGAUACAAAAUGAUCUGACCAUAAAUAAAAUGCCAACUUAGCGGGUUGAUGAAGUACAUGAAAUUGCUUUCGCAUUUGUACCGUCCUUAGAGUUACGUUACUUUGUGCGAAAAAAAAAAGAAAACAAUGAGACAGAUUGAAAUUCGAGAGAGAGCGAAAAGAACCAACUGCAAUAUAUUCGCCAUGAGUACCCCUGAUUAUAGUCAAUGCAAUCGUGUAUCUAAAAAUCUACCUCAUGUUUCUCCUUCACUGAGAUGAAUAAUUCUUUUAGCAUAUACCGAGCCAAUGAAAUAGCUGGUCCAAAAUUAGCAAAGUAAUUGUGUUUGGACGUCGAAAAAUUCUUUUUAAACUCUAAUUUCCCAAAGACAAACAAUUCAUGGGCGCAACCAAGGCAGGAAAUUUGGCGGGCAACAAACAAUAUUACAACUUGUGUCGUCUCUUUUGACUGAUGAAUGGAUUUUACUAGCCUGCGUUGGCUAGUUACGUUCACAAUGAAAUUGUAGUUGUGAGACGAUAUCCCUAUGCUCGGAGAAUCAAUCAUGAAUUCCAAAAGAGAAAAUCUGAAAUUCUAGGAAGCAGAUAAUCUUAAUAAUAGCUGCUAAUUCACUUAAAAACGUAGCCGUAGAGGAUUAAGAAAAUACAACGCUUUGGUCGCUAGAAUGGCAACCAGAAAUACUUUCAAGCAUGAGACCUGAGGUAGGUCAAGACAUUAAAACAAAUCUGAAUCUUCAGUGGAAUUGAAAAUCUGUUGCAUGGACCUUGCCAUUGAAAGAGACUGUUGCUUUCAGGAUAAGGGGAAAAAUACUUAAAGGUUAUUUGGACGGGAUAACAAGCUAAUUUGAAGGUUGGAAACUUUCGUACCGUAUCGCCAUGUCUAACGAUUUAAUUUCUCGAUAUUAAAAAAAAAAAAGAACAAGACACCCAGCGAAAGUGUUCUGCAAAGCUUGUUUUACGAGGUGGAAAUUCGGCUGGAUAGCCAGAUACUUAUAUUCCUAGACUUCGUCUGGCAGUUACCUACUAUUACUAGCAUUUUAUCCCUAACUGGAUCGGAAAAAGAGACUAAGGGGGACUGGAAAAUAACCCCCCACUAACAAAACGAUGUCCGCUGGCUAAACUAAUAGCGGCUGCAGGAAAAAACAAUUUUGAGUCAUUUUGAGCCAUUCACGGUUAGUUGCGCAAGAAUUUUGGAGGUAUACAGCUCCGUUAAGACAGGAUAAGGGAACAGAAAGGGAAACUUAAAGGACGUUGCCGGCUGGCAUAUGCGAAUUUUAUUAAUGGUUAUGCAGCUGUCACGCGCUUCAAGUUCCGAACAAACAACUUUAUUUCUAGACUUUGUACAACUGGUAAAUAGAAACAACGAGAACUAAGCGAAGCGGUACUGAACAAGAAAAAAUUGUUGUGACUACUGUGGAAUUUGAUGCUGGAUAUGUCGACCAGAUUGCUCCUCAGUUUUGUUUUCUUUCUCCACUGAAUCAGAGACCCAUCUUCAAUAAAAUCACUAAGAGCGAACGACAUGUGUUUUGUUCAAUGGAAGGCCGCUUGUUGUAGGAUUCAACAUCCUGGUCUGACUUGUGGUCCGUGGACUUGAUUUGCCUCAUGUCAUAAUGGCCGUCCUCUGCAGUUGUGUGGCAUUCAAGAAGUCUCGUUCGCCGCUGUCAAAGAGUUAGUUGCUUUUUGGGGACGACGCCGGCAAUAUUUCCCGUCUUUCUGAGGUUUUUCACGAACGCGUCUAACACUUAAUUUAAUGCUUCUGUAAAAGAAGGGUUAGCAAUUAUGGAGAAAAAAGCUUAUUUGGUGGUGGCGAGCGGAGAAAGCGGUCAAUGGCGGCUCUUAUAGAUUUAAUGGAGCUACUUUUGUAAGAAUUGCCGCCCUUCUUUCUCGAACGGGUGUAAAAGCUCUUUAGACACGCAUUUAACUUACUCCCGCCAUGACUUGCAAGCCAUUCUGAAAAUUUGAGAGGUGAACUUUGUUGUUGUUGUUUUACCCUGGUUUCCAGGGGAUAUUUUUUUCUGAUCGAUAGUGAUGUUUCGCGGGAGCCUUAUCAAACCAUAAGUACGGUUUAUUUCAUAUUAGGCAUUUUGAGAACGGAUCUCUGGAGCCAGGGUAUUGUUGUUUUUGAUGUUACACAAUAAAGUAUUUUUAAAAAAUCUCGACGUGCGGAAAAAUUAUAAUUUCUUUAAAUUUGCAUGGAAACUUCGGAGAUACGUACCAUUAGAUAAUUUUAAACCAAAGUUUGUAGCUUUUUUCGUCGCUGCCGGCAUGGUAUUUUCCAGCAUUUCUUGUAUUUCUUCGCUAGAAAGCUCGUGAAAUCAAUUUUUUUCGUCAUUAAUUUGUUUUCCAUAUAAGGUCAGUAGUUGCGUCAAAAUUGUAUUAGUUUUUUACCGUUGUUUUGAUAAUAAAUCAACCAACGCAGUUGGCAGAUUUGUCAUCAAAACACAGUGGCCACAAGCCAACAGCGGUCACGAAACAAAGACGUGUGUGACAUUCCAAAGCGACCCCAACAUUCCGAUGCGACCCAAAAAAAGUUUGAGCAAAAAUGGUUCUCUUGAAAAAACUUUUUUCGGGUCGCAUCGGAAUGCGGGUUCGCUGCGGAAUGUAAUAUAAUGUUUGUCUACUCAAAGGAACAAAAAUAGGAUUACAACAUCCGUGGAGGUUUCCCUUUCGUCGCUUCAUUGAAUAUGCUGUCCCGCUUUGUGGUUUAAUUUGUGGUCGGAAGUUGAAAGGUACAAGCAAUUAGACAAAGGCGAUUUCUGAUAUAUUGAACGAUGGCAGCCUACUCGUUCCCCGUUUUAACCGCGCAAAAACGUUUCUUUAAUGAGCCAUUAACCGCAAAGGAGCGAGAAGAACUUCGUCUACCUUUGGAGCCCGAAGAGUUUGAAGCACAGCCUGUACGGCCGUCUCGAAAUAGGGCUAGCAGACGACAACAAGAGCUUCAAGAGUUUGAUCCGUUACAUGAAAAUUACGUUGCGAACGCUCCUGUAAACCGCCAGAUUGGUUUGUAAACGCUGAUUAUAAUUAUGCUUAUGAAGAGGGUGGGAGGCAAAUUAUUAGAUGGCGUUUCUUUUAGCGCUUAACCAAUUCGUUGGACCCGCAGAUGAUGAAUAAACUUGAAGAAUCGGUUCAAAACAGAUUUAGAAUCAAUUAUUCAUUCACUUAUGUGUUGAAAAACAUCGAGAUGGGCAAAACUGACAUCUUGUGUGGAAGACAGAAGGAAUAAAAAGUCGAUGGUUCAACUCUUUUCCCGAGGGGCAAGCAUGGUUAAAACGGGAAGAAGAAAACCGGUUGGAAGGGGAAAAUAUCGGGCGUCGCGCCACAAAAUUUGGAUUUGAAAGACACAUGUUGAUAACGAACCGUUGCAGGUUGGGGAAGGGCAUUUGCCAGGUUUGCUGCGAAUGAAGAAAGGAUUAAUUGCUCUGGUUAAUUUUGACGAUAAUCUUUGUAUGUUUCGUUGUUUAGCAGUAGACCGAGGGGCUAAUAAGCAAUAAGCAACUUUACUGGAGUUGUGACAUGAAAAUUAAGUCCGACGGCGCGUAAGCGACCGGACAAGCUGGAACUGUAAAAUUCCGCUGAAGAAGACAGUAAAGACGAAACCGGUCCGGAAAAUGGCUUGUUUUGUUCGAGACGGCUGGAUCGGUACUCAACCAUAAGUACCAUCCUUAAUUUCCAGUGCGAAACCGCAAGGGAGGUUCCGUUACGGGGAAUGAGAAGCAUGCUGAACCUAGACACCUUCUCUUGGCAAGAGAGCCCGUGCAAAUUAGAGAGAGAGAGAGAGAAUACUUCAUGGAAAGUGCUGGCGUACGGUAUUUACGCACGAGUUGUUGACGUAUCAGAAAUCGAACGAGGGAGCGCAGCCAACGAGAAGGAUUUCUGAUACAAAAACGAGUGCGUAAAUACCUUACAAAGCACUUUCCAUGUGGUAUUGUGUUUAUUAUAUACAUACUGAGACUUUCUUCAUUUUGGCGGCCUUUCUAUUUUAAAUCUUUCAAAAAUGCUAAAAUUUGCCGCUACACACUUACCGCAAAAUAACAACGAAAACGAAGUAUCAGCUUUUUAGUAAAAACGUUUGUUAAAAACAUAAAUUACGGUAAGGAUAUGAGGUAAUCCAAGAACUGUAAGUAAUCUUAAUUGUUUGUUCUCAAUGCACAAUUGAAAAUGAGUGAAUUUAAGUAAAAUGGCCGGUUUCGAUAUAAGGUUAAGCUUAAAUGAAAGGCGAAGUAGCUCCGACAAAAAGCACAACAAAAGCUUACGUCUCGUUCUGUUUUUCCUUUUCCUCUGUUGUUUCGCCGGCUCUCUACCGUUUUCUUUAUCGACAGUGAAACAAACGAAACUAUUCCUCUCCAUUUCCGAAAUGAUUUUCACUUUUUAGCGAGAAAAACUCUUUGAGUAAAAUUUUUCUCGUUGAAUGUGUGCGAAGCAGUGCUGCAAGCUGCAAUCUGUAAUAAAAGGCGGGAAUUUUUAGCGAAACUCACACACCUCUGUGGCUUCUGAUUGGACGUAUCAUUUUUCUCACACGUGAAAAAACAUCGUUCGCGAUUCUGAUUGCCUGUAUCAUUUUUUCACGUGUGAAAACCAUCGUUGGCCCCUCCGAUUGGCUAGAACUAUUUAUUUUUAUUAUUAUUAUUUUUAUUUUAUUAGCUUUGCCCUGAAGAAUACCAAAAAAAAAUCACACACAUGUAGAGAUAUGCAAACAAAAUAUUAGGGCAGGGACACCGCAACAGCUAAAGCCAGUUACUGCGGACCCAAAAAAUAAAAAGAUAUAAAAUUAGCAAUUUAAAUCACAUGCAGCAGCUAAUUUCAUGAUCUAAAAACCUAGCUGUGUUACAUUUCAGGCAAAUACUUUUAAAGCUCCUUGGAGAGUCUGGGUCAUAGUUUAUUGCUAGAGCCCGCGAGUAAUAACCGUAAAGAACAGAUUUAAGAGCCAGUCCUUAUUAUUACACUGUCAGGUCAGAUGCUGUAAAAGUACUCAAAUCGCGCUGAAACUUAAAAGCAAAGACAAUGACUCUAGGUAACAAUAUUUACACUUUAUUGAGAACUUUUAUCGCUUUUACUUCAUUUAUUUCAUCUAAGUUUCAAACUCUAUUUUUCCCAUACAAACUCUCAUAUUACGCUUGGGCCACCUGUGGUUAGUCACCCUGAAGAAGAUCACUGAAUGUGAUCGAAAUAUAGGUGGAUUGAAAGGAAACUGUUUUCUGUCUUCAUUUGUGAUUAAGAUAUAUAAAAACAAAUUCGUUUUUUGAUUGAGGAGCAUCAGCUAUAAGUUCACAGAAGUUCAGGUUUCACGAGUAAUCAUCGUUUUAUUGCUUCAGAACUGUUUCGUAUGGUGCAAGGACCACACUCAUCAGGCAACUUUGACAACUGAACUGUUGGAAUUGGAAGGCUGGCAGCUAAAUGCGAAAAUUUAAAUGGUUGCUAUGGUAGAUGCGUUACAUUCAGGUCAUAUGAAACUGUUGAAAGGGUUGCUAGGUAACAAAAACAUUAUAUAAGAGGGGUUAUCUGUCGUUAUAAAAAAUGUGAUAUAAGCGGGUUUUAAGCUACGUUACUCUAAAGUUUAGAGUAAAGGCUUCCUUCCUUUUAAGGGCCGGCGUCCACGAUGCGCAGACCCACUUUUUUGUCUCGGCGUUAACGUCAUUGUUCAACCUGAGCUUCAUGUUUGGUGUUGCCUGCCUGAGCGUGUUGUUGUAGGCAACUGUUCUCUCUAUAUUGAUCACCAUUCGAGAGGGUGUAUCAGCCACGCUCCGGGCGCAGCUCCUAAAUCAAGACGCACCUUUGCUUCGUCUACAGCCAACUGAUAUCUUUGCAUGCUCCUGGCAAGGUCUGGCUGGCUGAUAGCGUCCUGCAACAAUACAAGAAACUCGCUCUGCGCCUCUUUCGCCCGGCCUCCUUCACCGAGAAUGCUGCAUCGCACGUUAACUUGGGCCCCGAGAACACAGUACACGAAGGCCUCGAUUGACUGAUUCAAACGUUACAGCCCUGCCUGAGUGAGCCCGUUCGCCUUGUCGGGCAUAAACCAAUCAAACUGCCUAUCGGCACACUGCUCGUUUCUGAUUAAUCCAAUAAUGCUUCCUUUGUCCUUUCCGGCCCCGCUGUCGUCUGCAAAACGCUGCUCGAAGGGCUUGACAACGUGGCUGGCGGACAGGUCCACUUCUUAAACGGCCAAGAACUUCCGUCAUUGUAAAUGACAUAGAUAACCAAGACCAUGAUUUUGACCGUGCGUGAAACGGAAGUCUGCCGUUGGCUCUACUUCGAAAACUCAGCGCCAAUUCUAUUGUACGACGGAAUGUCGAAUGUACCCUACUCGAUUUGUUUGCUACUAAUAGUCCUAAAAAUGUUACUCAUGCUAAAGUUUUUCUAUCCACUUUAAGUGAUCAUGAUUUGCUUGUUGUGGUCAGGAAAAUUAAUGCUGGUAAACUUCCUCCACGCUCCAUUGAAUGCAGAAAUUUCUCAAAUUAUGACCAAAUGACGUUUAUUGAAGAUUUGAAGAAAUGUUCCUGGGAUGAUGUGUACAGUGAAAGGGAUGUAAACUCCGUUUGGUCGAAAUGGACGGAAUUAUUUCUAUCAGUGUGUAAUAAACAUGCUCCUAUUCGCCAUAAAGUGUUGAGGGGAGUUAUAUGUCCAUAUUUAACAUCUGCAACAAAAAAGCUUAUGAGUGAAAGUGAUUCUUUUCUAAGGAAAGCGAGGAAAACUGGAUCUGAAGUUGACUGGAGUACAUAUCGGCGAUUACGAAAUCAAGUUUCCAACAGGAUCAAAAUUGAGAAGCGUCGUUAUCAGAGAAACGAAAUUCAGGAUAAUUUGGCCAACCCGAAAUCAUUUUGGAGAGCUAUGAAGAGCAUUUUCCCAAACAAAGAGAGAAAAUCUUCGACUGUUCAAUGUAUAAUAACGGACGAGGGUGAAACUAUCACUAGUAAAUCAACUAGUGUCGAGAAAUUUAACAUCGUUUUUACGAACACUGUGUCCAAGCUCCUGGAAUCCGUUCAAUCAACUACCUUUCUUGGUCUCUGUGAUGAAAAGUUUACUAAUGAAAGUUUUGUGCUUCAACCAGUUUCCCAAAUUUUUAUUUUUGAGCAACUGAAGGACUUGAAAGUAAAAAAGGCCACUGGCUUGGAUGGGAUUUCGGCUUGGUUUUUGAAGGACGGCGCUUCGGUUAUCGCUCCCACUGUGACAUUUCUUGUAAACUUAUCGCUAAGUACUGGAAUUGUUCCAUGUGAUUGGAAGAUGGCCCGCGUCGUUUCUUUAUAUAAGUCUGGUGGACAUGAAAGUAUGGACAACUACAGACCAACCUCCAUAUUGCCUGUUAUGUCGAAAUUUAUGGAGAAAGCUGUCAACGUUCAACUACAACGGUACCUACAGAGGUUUGACCUUUUGAGUCCAUUUCAGGCAGGGUUUAGACAACACCAUUCAACGGGAGAGUGCUGUGAACUAUUUCACCGAUGAGAUAAGAAGAAUUGCAGAGUCUUGAAAGUUAACAGGUACUUUGUUUAUUGAUCUAAGGAAGGCCUUUGAUUCUGUGCCGCACAAGGAACUCUUACCCAAACUGAAAAGAUUUGGCUUUGGAGAAAAUUCGAUUAAUUGGUUUACAAGGUAUCUAUCCGACAGAUUUCAAGCUGUGUCCCUGGAUAACGAGUUGUCGAGUCCCUUAGCUGUCCUAAGUGGAGUGCCUCAAGGGAGUAUCCUUGGUCCAGUUUACGUUGAAUAUUAAUGAUCUACCUCUCUGUGUUGAUGUCUGUAAAGUUAUGAUGUAUGCUGAUGACACAGUUAUCUUUUUCUCAGCUCCACUAAUAUCGGAAACUGAGUUACAGUUAAAUUUGGAACUGAUUAAUCUGUCUGAGUGGCUGUCUACAAAUAAACUGAUUCUGAAUUUUAAAGAAGACUGAGUUCAUGGUUUUUGGCACCCACCGGAGACUAUGUCGCCAAGACAUCGAUGGGGCUCAUAUAACGUUGGGAGGAGAAUCUGUGACAGAUUGUGAUGCCUUCAAGUACCUAGGCGUAGUUUUGGACAACAGUCCUUCCUAAUUUGCAUAUUGACUAUGUGAAGAAGAAAGUUUCUAAGACACUGGGGAUGUUCUCAAGAAUUAGAUCAUCAUUAACAACUGAAGCAUCGAACCGAUUGUAUAAAUCGAUGAUACUAGCAAAUUUGGAAUGCUGUUGUGCUGUUUUCCAUGGCUGUGGUAAAGAAAAUGAAGAAGAGUUGGAACCACUUUACAAAAUCCGUUUAUAUAUUGUAUAAACAAAAUGGUUGUGCUCACAAUCAUUGCGCCUUUAAACGAACACACCGUUCAGUUUGAACAGCCAAUCGAGAAACCAACCUAUAUCAGGCUACUUUCCCACUCUCUUUACAAUUCUUGGUAUAAUUUGAAAAACCCAGGGACAGUUAUAUUGAUUGAAACUGGAGCUGGCAAAGAGCCAAAAUCUGGAAAAUUGCCAGCAGAGCAUUUUGGAAAAACCACUGAACAUCGUGUUCGAAAAAGUGUUGGAAACCAGAGUAUAUGCUGUAAAGAAUCAAUCCGUUGGAGCCCCAGUAAUCUACAAUCUUAAAAAAAACUGAUGUGUGGCUAGACGGAAAAUUGCAAAAAUUUCUUGGAAUUGGCCUCACAGGCCUUCGUAAAAAAAUUCUGUUUAAAUACCACUUAACACGAAAAAAUUCACUCACUGGCUCUUUCCAAACGCAAUUCAAUUAACGCAAUCGUUUCCAAAAUUUUGAUCGAUGGCGUUGUCACAGACACGGAAUUUCAAGUUAUUAACUCUGAAAUGGAACAAUACUUUAACCGGAAAGAGGCUAUGCGGGCAAAAAUCAAACAAAAAACAAACCCCGGCUCUGACAUUGCGAAAAUAAAACAGAAAAUUCGCAACGAAGUGCAGGACGAACUUCAAACAAAAAGUUUUUAAGCGCAGAGUUAUUUCAUUUCACAAAACCCCACUUAUUAAAUGAUGGCAGGUUUUUUCCUUGCUGCUUCAUUUUUUUUAAAGAGUUACUCAUUCCAAAAUGGCAAAAAGAAGUUCGUUCGAAAACCCGAGCAAUUUUAGCUUUGGAGGAAGCGAAAAUACAGCCUUCUGUAAAAAUUGCUACAAGAUAAGAACGAAAAUUUUAGAACCUUUCUGCCAGGAAUGCGCAGGGAAGAAAUCAAACUUUUUUUCAUGAUUAUAACUUAUGCAAUGAUUGCAAUGUGGAAUUAAAAAUUGCCCCUUCUGAAGUUAAAAUGUUAUGCCUAAAAUGCGCUUUGAUUAAAGAAAAUAUUUAUUUCAACAUUACUCAUGAAGGUGAGAAUAAAAGAACCACCUAAAAACUAUUAUUUGAAAAACAGAGAAAUCAUUUUAAAACUCAAAGGUUUGAAUUUUUACUCAAUAUUGGUCGAAGGGGUUAUUUCUGUUUACAACGCUUCAAAUGAAUUUGUUAAUUAUGAAAAAAUAAAUUGUAGCCUUUUCGUUUCAAGAAUUAUAGAUUAUAUCACUUCUAACAAAAUAAAUCUUUCAGAAAAAACCAAAAAUGCCGUAAUUUACACUCUUUUCUCACACAUCAUAAUCUGCUCAAUUAGAAAAUAAAAGCCUUCGCCGUGAAAGUUAAGCCGAUGACGAAGUUUUCAACACUCUCUCCUCAGAAUAGUAAUUUAACAAAUAGAUUAACCCAUCUCUCGUUAAGUUUUCCGGUCCAUUCUUUCCCAGACGAGUAGAUUCAUUCUUGAGCUCGACAAAUGACCGGUGAGAGAGGCGCUUCAAUUUCAUUUACGCUAUAAUUUUUUCUUUGCCCGGGGAAAUUUCCCUCACCAUUUCUUGCAACUCUUCAAGUGAUUUGCUCCAAGGAUAGUGAGCAUCAUUAAGCAAAUGCUCCAAAUAACAAUAAUAAUAAUAAUAAUAAUAAUAAUAAUAAUAAUAAUAAUAAUCUUUAUUGAGGAUAUCAAUUUCACUGAUAAGUGAUUUACAAAAGAGUCCUCAAACCGUUGGUAGCCAUCGUUCUAUAUAACCGGAAUAUCCUUUGUCUAAAAUAAUAUAUAGAUUUAGCCACGGCUAAAAGCGAAGCUCCCAUUGAUAAAUUUAUGACUUAAAUUAAACAAUAAUUUUGUAUUCCACAAAUUAGUUAACUUAAGGGCACAUUCAUGUGACUUUUGAGGGAAAAGCUAAGUGAUUUUGGAGUGAAACAAAUCUUGUAUCGAGUUGAUAUAGCCUUUUGUGUACACCCAAAAAACAGUCUUCGGUCACAUUUAAGAGCCGUAAUGGCUCUUGAUCACAGUAGAUAAGGCGUGGAAAACAAAUUCUUGGAAAACAAAUCAGGCCGAAUUUUUUGCGUUCGACAAGUUUACAAAUUCUUACCAAUAAAUCUGUAUGUGUGCGUGCAAACCAAUCUUUUCUUUUUUAUAUACACCAAAUCUGAGGAGAAAGAGUACUAUGACGGAGGCGCUGUUUUUAUCAUACAGACCUCGUACAAAAUGCAGUAUUUCACAAUUUUUCAAGGCAAAUUGCAUUCAUUCAAUAUUCAGGACCAUCGAAGCAAGCGUGCACUUUUAAUUAGCGAAACCGUUCAAAAAUUUCCAAAGUCACCUAUGCGGCCAGCCGGUUCUAACUUUUGACAAGCGCCAAAUUUGCGAAGAAAUUUCAAAAGAGUUACGCUUCAACGUGAUAAAGGAUUUAUUGAGUCUAUUUUCUAUUAAUGGUUUUAUAACGAUGUGUAAUCUUAAAAAGCGUUUGAUACGCUCGGCAUUUUGAGUACUCCUGCAAGCGAUGUUUAUGAACGGCUGAAAACAAACGGCAAAGCGAUGACACUUUUGAGACUACCAACAAUCAAUAAAGAAAUAUAAUUCGGUAGAACAUUUACAGAGACAACAAUUUUCAUUCACGAAAACAAAAGAGUAUUUAAGUGUCUCUAAGAAUCCUCAAGUCUUUACUAGUAAGCUUAAAGAUUAAGUUUAUGUUUUAAGCCGCCGGUUUCCUAGCCUGAAUUUUAUCCGAUUACUUCGAGUCGUUAUUACUCCCCCAGUAACUGUUGAGAGGAGAAAACGACUCGAAGAAAUCGGAUGAAUUUCAGGCUACCGGUGUCCCGGUGUUUGCUGUUUUCAAAGAUGAACUCAGGACAAGAAAAUUGCUCAAAGCUUUCUUUCUUCAGCCAAAAUUAUAACUAAAUAUUCUUCGGAAAGUCUUCUCUUUCGAUUUACGGUGAAUUAAUAUCGACUAAAGGCUUUUUAAAGUUCUGUAAGCUUAAGCUUAUAUCAAACCUCAUGGCUAGGUCAGAUCAGUGUCUCAGUCAAAUCUUAAUACAAACGUGCAUAAACUAGCUUCAUAAACUGUGCCGCUGGACUUAAUGAAAUUAGAUAUAAAUACAAUAAUUACUCAGGCUUACCAUAUUUCGAGAUGCAGCUCCUGAAAGCUAUCAAGUAAGGCAAGGAUCGCUUGAGCCUUUAUAACUCUCGCACGCAUGCAGCAAGGUGAAAAACGAAAACGAUGCCAUCCGAAAUCUGAUUAUCGCCUUUGACAAGCGACGCAUUUCUCAACCAAAAACCCAAUAAACAAACCAGCCAUGAAUAAGAGAACUCUCUUGAUAGCGGCUGUAUUUUAUUUUGUACAUCCAGUGGAAAAGGGCGGUUAAAAACAUCACAAGUUGACUCAAAACUCUGUCAGCUUCAGCUGUCAAAGUAAACAACUUUCAAGAUGCUGCAUAAAUUUUACGCAUGAACUCACCUGCCAAAUUUUAACCAAUCAGAACAUAAAAAUUGGACGUGGAGCGUGACCAACACGUGACCAUGGUAAGAAAAGGUCUUCCUCGCCUGUAUUAAAAAAAAAAAAAAACUGGCUGAAUUUUUGCGUCUGAGGUCAGUUUGAAAUCAAAAUCGUAAUAGUGUGGGGCGAUACUGACAUAAACACAUCAUAUCUGAUAUGAAUUUAAAAAGAAAUAAACGUGAGCCUGCGAUCAUUUGAAAAAAGGAAACUGUCAGCGGAUAACUUCAAAAAUACUCGACGUUGAUGGGUCGACACCUGAGCCCGCGAUACGGUCAGGUGAUACUGGUCAGCGGAUACCCUGUUUGGACAGCUGUCAAUUGAUGACAACAUUGAUGUGCAAUCAGCUUCCUCCUGGGCUCCCAAAGUAGCUAGAAAGUGUGAGAGUAAACAUUGGUAUAGCUGUGGUGUGGACGGACGGUCGGUCGCUCGGUCACGUGAUUACCAAAUUUUCUGGGAUGGGUAGAUUUAUUUACCCAUGGUGCUCCGCUGGCGCGCUUCGCGCGCGGAGCUCCGCUAUCAUGAUGUUGUCUAUGUCUAAACCUUUCCCCAGCCGAUUAACCAUUCAUACAUCAAAAGGGAAACCCCGCGGAUUAGUCCUAUUGUUGUUCCCUUGAGUAGACAAACAACAUUCAGGAGCUAACCCGCAUUCCGAUGCGACCCGAAAAAAGUUUUUCAUAAGAACCCUUUCUGCGCACACUUUUUUUGCAUCGCAUCAGAAUUUUGGGGUCGCUUUACAAUGCGGGGCUCACCUUGAAAUGUCACACACGUCUUUGUUUCGUGACUGCUGUUGGCUUGUGGCCGCUGUUAGCAGCGAACUCCAAGUACGUUACGUGGCGUCACAAUUUGUAUUUAGUUUUUUUUACCCCUGAUUUGAUGAUAAAACGGCCAAGGCAGCGAGGAGACACCGAGUUGCGUUGGCAGAUUUAUCAUCAAACAAGGGUAAAUAAACCAAUACAUGUUUGAUGCCACGUAUACUCAGGCUAGGUCAAACUAAGGCAUAUGAGCCGAUACCCGAGAUUAAAUGAAAAUAUCAGAAUGCUAGAGAUGCAUUAUCUGAGGAUGAAAAUUUAAAUAUCUAACUGUCGCAAUUAAUCGUCCAUCAGUGGGAUGCCUAAAAUGCUUGCAAUUCGACAAUUGCUUUCGGCGUCAUUAAAUCCUCCACUCACCUUCACAUACCCUCAUUGCAAAGAGGGCCUUCACGGAGUUUUUCGACCUCUUUCUGUCGGCUGCUACUUAACUUGCACCUCGUCAUAAGCAACAUGUCACUUAAAGACUACUGUCCGAAUUUUGUCUCAUAAAACACCAAAUUAUAGCUAAAAUUCGACAUUAUGUCCCGCGUCGUGUUUUACUUUCAGUUUACAACUCAUUAAUUGUCCCUUACUUGACUUAUGGUAUUUGUGGUUGGGGAAAUUGUGCCUUGACAUUUCAACGAAAGAUCGUAACUCUACAAAAACGGGCCUUACGUCUCAUUUACUUCAGUAAGUCUAAGGAACACGCCGUACCCUUCUUUCUCAAAUCAAAUUGCCUUCCCCUGCCUAGCAUAUUUUUCAGAGAUUGUAGCUAUUUAUUGUAUGAUAUCAACAGACAGACAGCACCAGUUAGUAUUCUCAAUCAGUUCGUUAAAACAAGUCAGCUUCAUAACUACAGAACAAGAUCUGUCUCUAGCGACUCGUUUUAUGUUAAGUUCUCUAGAACCGAUAAAAUGUAUGCCUUUUUCACGAGAAUCGGUGCCCAAAUUUGGAACUCUAUUCCGUAUUCGAUUAAAAUACUUAAACGUUCGUCCUUUCGUAAAAAAAUAAAGGAAUUAUUACUAAAUUUUUUGCGGUCAGAAGAUGAUUAUGUCGAAGUCUCCCGUCUUAUUAAGUUAUUUAAUACUUUAGUUAACCUCUCUUCGUAAUCGUUAUGUACAUGCCUUGUUUUUUGUUUUUUGUUUUAUGUUAGUUUAAACUCUAUUUACUGUAUUGUAGUGUCUUCACUGUUAUUUAGUCCAUCUAUAUAUAAUUCUUGUUUUGUAAUAUGUCUUCAGCUCCCCCCGCCUCGAUUAGUUCAUAAGCUAUUUGCGGGUGGGAAAGUAAUGUAAUUAGUUAUUUUCCAAUUUUCAAUAAAAUUUGUUGUUGUUGUUGUUGUUGUUACACCGGCUUUGUCAAGUUACAGACUUUUCCGUAGAAACGGCCUCAAAAGAUUCGACAAUGGGCCCUCAAAAUCAGCGUCUUGUCCUCUGGGCUCACCAAAGAGUGGUGUAGCCUGUGUAAAAUCGCCGCCUCCCCUCAAACAAAUCAGGGAGGGUGGUGCGGCUCCCUGAAAAGAAGAUUUUUCCCAUCGAUCUGCAGGGACGGCACUGGUUAAAAGGACAGUUCGAAGGGCACAGGUGGCAUAUUUUUGUUGCUGUUGUUCAUUUUGCUGGGUAGUCUGCAACCAGGAUUUCGGGAAAGGUGGUGUGAGGCUACAGGGAGCCACGCCCUCCCUUUCCUCUUCCUCCUCCCUUUAUUCCUCUGCCCCUCCUUCCCUCUUGUUGCGCUUUCUCGACUUUUUUCCCCUGUCUUUCCAAGAGAGCCUAUUCAAAUUCGGUAACAAAAUUGGUUGAGAUACUUUUCCCUAAAGAGCGUUCUUGACGUUUUGUCGACUUCAAAAGGGAAAAAUAAGGCUUUCCUUCCCCCUCCUCUCCAAGCAAUAGGGACCUUAAGAUCCGAGGACGACGACGGCAAACGUGAAUUCGCGUUCAUUCAAUCUUCCACUCGACAGUUCCAACUCAUUUACUUUGUCAAAUGUAGGCGAACUCUCCUGGAGUUGAAUUCCGAAAAACCAUAUCCAAGUUCAGAAAGAGAAAGAAAAUUUCGUAGUAGCUUGUUUACGUCCUCCACAAAAAGUGAAAUUAGGCAUUUUCACGUCGUAGUCGGGCUGUGACGACAAAGAAAUGUACCAAAAAGGGUGAUUCACGUGAAAAGUUGUUGUUUUGCUUAUCUUUUGACGUUCCCGUUGCCGUCGCAAUCGUCGAGUCUUAAGGUCCCUAAUGUUGUGCCGCUGUUCGAGCUACCUGUAAGAAACAACAAACACCCAACUUUGAAUGGAGGGGAAGGGAAGGGGGAGGCGUGCGGAUUGUUUUGUUCUUCGAAGUACCAGGCCAAUUUGUUGAGUUCAUCUUAACCCCUGAAAGGAGUGAGAUACAGAAUGAAGAUUAUGUUAAGUGCCGAAAUAUGUAUUAUCAUUACGUUACUGUAAAAAUAUAACUGCAUUUUUCUUCAGCAGAAAUGUUAGAUAUGCUGAAAUUCUUAAAGCAAAUAAGGAAAAUCCCCAUAUGGACCUCGGUAAUAACUUUUUUUUAUCCUAAACUGUGAUACGCAAAAAAGUGUAUUAAAGAUAUAUUAAUCUCUAGCGUUAAAACUUUCAUUUCAUGAUAUCAAGAUGUGGAAGGUCGAUCCAGAAAAGCCUGGAAUACGAAUUGAAGGUCCUCUCUUGACGUUUGAAUGUAGGGAGGGGUGUAAAUUUCGUGCCAGGCAUAUUCAUGGUGCCAGAUAUUCUCAGCGUCUUUCUCGCGAGUUUCCUUAUUUUGAGGUAAGUUUCAGCGGUACUAAAACUUUAGACUUUAGCCUGCUUCGGGAUAAAAUGACUAAGCCCGUAACAUGGCUAAUCUUUUCUUGGCGGUUUUAACAAAUUUUUUAUCAACAACAACUCUCCAGUUUUAAACCGUGCCUUAGAGACUUCAAACCAGGACACUCCUCUUUUAACCCUUAACGAAGCAUAGCAUCUCCGGACUUUUUAAUGGAGGGUGGGAUUACAAGUAGGGUUGCUAUUUGAAUUUAAAAAAAGAGAAAGAAAAAGGGAAAGACCAUUUACAAUAUGUUAAUAGUACUAACUUGCACAAGAAUUACUGGAGUGCGUUUGUGGUCCGCAUUGCGAAGUUGCUUGAAACACCUUCAGGCGUGGAACAUAAUGCCAGAAACACGAUGAUGAAAAUACAUGCGUGCAAAUCUUUUCUUAGGAUGUUCUUUUCUUCUUACUUUCAGGUUACUAUUCUGGAGGCAGGGAAAAUCAUGUGGCUGGGAAUAGGUAUUGUGGAUGAACAGUACCCAACCAUUAAGAUGCCUGGGUGGUAUGAAGAAUCUGUCGGCUACCAUACUGACGAUGGGAACAUAUUUCACAAUUAUCCCUUCGAAGAGGGCGCGAAAGCGACCAAAGGUAUGAAACUCUGUCAACGGAAUUCAACUUUUAGCCCAAACCCCCUGAAUUUUCUGGGACAAUUAGAAAGAAAAAAUGAAUAAAAUAACAAAAUAUUAAUGAUAAUAGUCAUUUAUAUAGCGCUUUUUCCAAAAUGUAUAAAAGUGCUUUAAAGUGUGCGUAGUAAGAUAAAAUUAUAAAACCUGAGACAAAAUUUACAAGUUCAUCACUAGCGUAAAAAUUAAAAGUUCUUACUCUAAAUAUUGAAAUACUAUUGAUAACUAUAAGAGACUGGCAUACGUCUGUCGGAAAGAUACGUCUUCAACUGUUUUUAAAAACAGUCUAAAGUCUCAUAUAAUCGUAUGUCCUUUGGUAAAGAGUUCCAAAGAGAUCGCGCGGAUACCGAAAACGAUCUAUAACCAUACGAACGUAAAUUAUAAUGUGGUAUUUUCAGUUUCUUAUCCGCCGAGGAUCUAAGAUUACUCUGAGGUAUCUGAGGUCAGUAAUAUAUGGUGGUGCUAAUCCAUUCAGUGCCUUGUAUAACAGCAGUAUCUUAUAAUACAAAAUUCGUCCUUUUAUCGGUAACCAAUGGAGCUUGAACAGAACCGGUGUUCAGAGAUGUGAUCCCGUUUGGGUGUUUUGGUGAUAACACUUGCUGCCACAUUCUGGACCUUUUGCAGUCGCUCCGAAAGGUUAUCAGGUAAACCAUAUAGCAACACAUUGCCAUAAUCUAGUCUCGAGGUCAGUACCAAGAGCACGUACCAAAGUUUCUGCCGACGUAGUAAUGAGAUGCUUUCUUAUUUUAGUAAUCUUUUUGGUUGACUUGCACAUAUUUAUUAUAUGUUCUUCCAUCAAAAGAAACGGUCCAUAGUUACUCCAAUGUUCUUUGUUUUUAUCGGUGGACAAAUAACAUCGUCACACACAACCAGUGACUGCAGACGGAGAGAAGGACGGUGACGUGCAGAUAGAAUCAACGCCUCUGUCUUAUCGCUAAUUAACUUUUAAUUAACUUAUUAAGAGUCAUCCAUUUGUCCACAUUUUGCAUGCGGGUUUCAAUCUUUGUUUUUGCAAAUUUAGUUCACCAGGGUUAAAUGAUUUAGGUUGCAUUUCUUUUAGCCAAUCUAAAUCCGGAUUUUGCGAUUGAAAAUUCGAUUUUUUUGUUCCAUUAAGGACCAAAUCAAUCUAAGAUUGCGAUCCGAGCGAUCUACCUCUGAACGUGGAUCGUUCACAUUGGUAUCUCAAUCUGGUUUCAGAUCUUGUUCCAUUUAAUGAAACUGCCUUUCGAUCGCAAAAACGUGCUCGUUCAUCAAUAAACACGGCGGGUCAAGGCUAGCUCAGGCAAAAGUUAUUUUAUUACUCCUUCGUUGUUUGAUGCCGCUAAAGGAUUGUAGCAUAUUUAACUCAAGUUCCACUGUCACUCUAAAUCCGUUAGGAAGAGAAAACGCUUAGAUUUUCUCACCGUAAAACUAUACUGUCCAAUGUCUGUGUGUGUUUAGAACGCGCUUCUCAACGCUUGAUGAAAAUUCAUAAUUGCCUUCUGAAUUUUCUUGAAUCAAAUUCCAGAUAAUUUUAAGUUGAGGAAUCCAGUAUGAGCCACCACUAGAUAAAGAGCUAAUUUUCUUUCCGUUUCUCCACGAGAUGCUUGAUUUAGCAGAAAGAAGUAAAACACGAUGCGUUGAAAUUGAGAAGAAGAUUGGAGCAGGCAGCUGCUGUAUGGAUCAAUCUUAUUCAGAUUUUUGUUCCGGUUAGCACGAAAAUCCAAACAAUCUGGAUUGUCUAAAUGCGAAAAACGUUUUGCUUAAAGGAAUGUAACCUUAAAGGUGAUAUACAGCUGGUUAUCAUCUGCGUACAUAUGGUAUCCAAUUCCAUGUUCCCUUAUGAGGUCGCCGAGAGGUGCCACAUACAUUGCAAAAAGUGUAGGCCCGAGGAUGCUUCCCUGGGAAACGCUAGAUAGUAAGGGACGCUUCGAUGAUUCGCCAUUUGCAACCUGAACCGUAAACGAUCUUUCAGUGAGAUAUGACUUCAACCAUUCGUAGACCUUACCAGUGACUCCGUACCUGGAGUGAAGCCUCUGCAUGAGAAUUUCAUGAGCUAUUAUGUCAAAAGCAGCUGAAAUGUCUCAGAGCAACGAGAUGACCGAGUUGCCAUCAUCGAUAGCUCUUAAAAUAUCGUUUUGGACCUUUAUUUUAAAAGCCGUUUCAGUACUGUGGUUUACUUUAUACGCAGAUUGUAGAGGUUCAUCUAAGUUGUUGUCCAUGAUAAGCUGACAGAUGUGAACCGCAACAAUACAAAAAAAAAACACAGAGCAUUUUGAUACAAAUUUGAGUUAGAAAUGGGACGGUAACUAGAAAAUUCAUCGGUACUCAGGGUUUCCUUCUUCAAGCGUGGAUCCAGGACAGCACAUUUUAGAUUAUCAGGGACGGUAGCAGUAUCCAAUGAAAUGUUAAUAAUUUUGGUGACGGUCCGCAGAACAUCUUGCGAAACGUUCUCUCAAAACUUUAGCUGGAAUUGGGUCUAGGAUGCAUGAUUCGUUGGCUAUUUUCUUGGGAAACUUUGUUAGCUCCGUUUCAUUUAUCGAUGUAAAUGCCCCAAACUUGAUAUGGCCACAUAGCGGAAGUGAUUCCGGAAGAGGUUUGAUUAGAUUUGUUGAUUUUGUCUGCAGGACAUCAGCAAUGACCUUUAUUUUAUUAUCGAAGAAAUCCGCAAACUUAUUGGCCAAUUCAGAAGGUGGGGCACACGAUUGAUAACUCCUCUCAACUGUUCCGUGAAACAUCUUUUCUAUCUUCUUGAAAAAUUCUCUCUGAUCAGACCCACAGCCAUCUAUUAUGUCUACAUAAAUUAGCUGGUCCUUGCAGCGUUGAUGAGCUCAUUUACAAUGACACAUUGUUUAGUGUACAGUUCUUUGUGUAACAACGGCGUUCCAGACGACGCCGUAUGAUCUUUUGUUCUCGGAUCUCAGGAGUAAACCAGGGAGAAUUUGUACGCACAGUUUUGGUUUUCUCUCUAACAGGUGCAUGAACGUCCAGUAAUCCAGAGAGGAUGCUUUCGUAGUGGUCUAUGAGGUCUCUGAGAGAUGUACUAGAUACUUCUAUAAUCCUGGAAUUUUUUAUGUUAGGGACUUUAAGAUACGGCGACUUUGGACUACGAACUGCGGCUGGACGAGCGUUGUCCUUUGUUCGUAGCACUGGGUUGAGUCAUGCAAAUACAGAAAGUUAAAAUUGCACUACAGACACAAGACUACGAGAGAAGAGGCGGAGAGGGAAACAACACGCAAAGAUUUUCUUGUUUUCAUGUUCAGUUCAGAAAAAUGCAAGUAUUUUGCAUGUGAUCUUAACUUCAGAAUAAUGAACAAAUUCUUCCAUACUUCGGGAAGCAAUUUCGUCGGAUGAAAUUGGUGAACAAAGUUUUGGUUACACAUUUUUUUUGUCGCCCAUGAAUAUUUAUGUAAAAUAUUAAAGAAAUAACAGAAAAAGUAAUAGUUCAUUUAUUAGAUUUAGAAGAUGGACUUAUCCGAUUACUGAUGCAGUUUGAAGUAUAUCAAAUUGCCGAGCCGUUUCGAUUAUCUCAAAGAUGUUUACAUCAUUUUCAUUCAGCAAAUGCGAUAUAACUCGCAUAAACAAAGGUUACACAAGUAGAAAGACACAUUAAUCACUUCGAACAAACACUGUCAUCGAAACUUUUCAAGUGCGAAGAGAAAGUAAAUUACCUUCAUGAUUUCUGUUCUCGGCCGUCAAUCCGAAUUCUGCGUAUAAACAGCUAAGCUUAUUUUUAAAAUAUAAGCUUAGUUUUAGAUAAAAAUGUAGUCAUAACUUUAAGUGGUUCGAGUACAUUAAAAGCGUAAAUCUGAGCAGAAAUUAGACUCAACUUACAUAUUUCGCUUCCCUCUCACUUAAAGCAGGUGAAUUGAAAACUUUUGUGCGAAAAGAAUAGAUUCUAGAAUUACCGAGACCGCAAAAUACGAGCAAAAAUAAUGUUCUCCGUAGUCGCGACUACGCGAAACAGCUCAGCAACUCACCGUGGCGGCUGGACUACGCGGGAAAAAUGAACAUUCACCUGGUUCUGAUCAUGCGCAGUAGCAUGUUUAUCCUUAGUCAUAGUCCGUAGUCGCCGUAUCUUAAAGUCCCUGUUGUUGCGAGAACCGACGGACGUCAACUGAUUUUAAAUUUCUGUACCUCAUUUGCUUUCUUUUUGGAGGUGCAUUUGCCAGUAGGAGCUUACAAUUUACGACAAAAUGAUCAGAGAUAGCAGGAUCAGCAGUAUUGGUAUUCAUCACAAAUCUAUCGCCCGAUCUUGUCAGAAGAAGGUCGAAUGUUUUUUUGAAAUCUCAUUUUAACUCUCUUUCUUACCUGUGUGGUGCAUAUAGCUCGAAACAUAAUGUGGUAAAUUGAAAAACAGGAAUAUAAAAAAUGCGGUAUGUAUCAUAGCGUAUAUACCGAUAUUUUUAGUAAUACUGGACACUAUUAUCAUAACCCAGCUCAAUCGUCGAUUUUCACAUGUGCCUAAUUUAAUUCGAGAGGUAACUGCUUUGAAAUGGGACGUCUGAAUCAACUAAAUUCGGCAGUUUCAAAUUAAAUUCUACUCUGUCGAAUCUGCGAGUGAAACAGUCAAAAAGUCGACUUAGGUUCAACAUUUGAUUUAGAAGUCGCAUUUCACAUGUGUCGAAUAUAAUGCAUUAAUUAUAGAAACCAUUAUCCAUAUUGGAUAAAAAAGAAAAUUCUAGAGACUGGGAAUAUUUAAAACAAACGGAAUUAAAUUCGGCACCAUCAUGUCCGAUGUCUGAAUCAACUGCCCUAAUUAAAAUUACUUUCAUCGACUAAAAUAGGUGUUCGGCGCUCAUAAGAAAUUCCACGUUUGAAAGGGGCCUAACAUGACCCAAGUUUCAGCUUAGUGGUUUGCAGGCUGUUAUUAAGUUGUUGUUUUGUUUUCAGUAAUAGCAAUUCGUAUCUCUCUUUGUAAAUCCAUUUUUAAUAUUUAUGGGCUUUUUGUGCCGCGACUUAGGAAUCAGCUGCAAUAACAACAAUAACAACAAAUUGUUGAAUCUGUACAUAAUAACUGCAAUAUGAUAUGGUGUCAGAUCAUCCAGCUUGAUUAUGUUCAUUUUCUAAAUAUAGGACUCGAGUGUAUGAAAACUUGUAAAUGUCAUAAGGCGAAUAGCUCUUUUUUGUAAAAUAAGAGAGGUUGGAGAGUUGUUGAAUAAGUGUUGCCCCACGCAGUUAUUCCGUAAAGUCAAGUCAAGUCAAUUUUUAUUUAAACUCACACAGAAUAAUUGUAAUUAAUACAAAUUAGUGCUUUAAAAUAUAAAAUCGAGAGAUUGUGAAGGAAAAGAAAUUUUCAAAUGUAGGUUCAUUGUGCAGAGUUUGGGACACCUAAAUAGGUCGUGGAACUAACCGCGUAGGUGACCCAAACAAUAAUAUGAGUAGAAGGAAUAUAGAUGCAAAAUAGUUGUUUUAGAUAAAAAGUAUUACUUCAUUAAUUAAAUAGUAGUUAAAGAUAAUAUAAUCGUAAAACAUUGGGAAUCAAUAAUAGUAUUACAACCAUCAAUCACAGAAUUCUUGAUAUAUUGACGAAAACUGGAAAACGGCUUGAUUUUCUUAACUUCAAUAGAUAAAGAAUUCCAAAGUUUUGGACCAGUGUAACUGAGAGAACGAAGAAGAAUGGAUCCCUCAGUUGGCCAUUUAUACAUACAAAUUGUUCUCUAUUGGACAGAUACGAUUGAAACCAGUCAUACGCCUUACCUCUCACUCCGUAAUGAUUCAGUUUUGAUAAAAGAAUGCAAUGAUUAACUGUAUCAAAUGAUUUUUUUAGAUAAUUGAAAAUGCCACAGCCAAACUCAUUGUUGUCAAUUGAGUUACGGAUUGAUUCAGUAAUUUGUAUCAGUGCAUGAUUUGUCGAGCACUUUUGCCUAAAGCCAAAUUGAAGUGGAUAAAGAAUGUUGCGAGAUUCAAGAUAGCCAUAAAGGCACUUAAACACAGCCUUUUCAAAAAUUUUACUAAAAGUAGAUAGAACUGAUAUUAGCCUAUAGUUAUCUUUGUCUUGCCUAGAGCCUUUCUUAAAAACUGGUAUAACUUUUGCCCAUUUAAGUUUACUGGGGAAAAUACCACAGAGAAAAGAGUCGUUAAUUAGGGAUGAAAUAAGUGGGGAAAUAUGAGUCUUAAGAAUUUUUAGCAAUGGGACUGAGAUAUUGAGAUAUAUAUGAAUCAACUUCAACUGAAGCAACAGGGGAGAGAAACAUUGAGUCAGGAAAAUUGCCCUUCAGAAAAGAGGUUGGACAGCACUUCCCACGCGGAAUGUCUUUGUCAGUGUUUUUACCCACAUUAACAAAGAAAUUAUUAAAAAUGUUAGCAAUAGCACAGGGAUUAUCAGCAGUUUUCCACUUUCUAGAAUACUGGGAAUGUAAUCAGCUUUAACUUUACUAAUGUUGAUGAUUGAUCGAAUUCCAGACCAGAUUUUUUUCAUAUUAUUCUUAUUACACAAAAAGUAAUUCUUGAAAUAAUCAGAUUUGCUCACUUUAACAUCUUUGACAACACUAUUACUGAAUUUCUUAUGAAGAUAUAUCAAAUUUGGAUAUGAAUGUUUACACCUAAUGUUACUACAGCAGUGCUGUAGUAAGGAGUUUUCAGUAUUUAUGGUCAGCGGUUGCUACCAUUUUGCUUAGGACUCGUGCUAGCUGCCGCCAUAUUCUUGUUUAUCACAUGUGUGAUUUAGGUUUACAAUCCAUGUAAUCCUUCGCUCAUCCGUAUCGUGUAAGAGAGACUAAGUUGUUAUCUGAAGAACUGAAGAGUUAAAGAUUAUUUGGAGAUAAAGGAAAGAUCUGACGAUUCAAGUUUUUCUCUUUUUCUUGUGAAUAACAACGAAACUCCUUCGGAUGCCAAGUACGACUUUCGAGGGCAGCCACAAUAACAACUUAAUGGUCCUUGGUGAAGCUUUUAACCACCGUAAAGUCAUCGCUGUCACAACAAGAAGUUCAUAACGAAAGCCGGACGACCUGUGGAGGAUUUGAAUGCAUACCAAGUGGUGUAAGCCUUUGUAGAAAGUUAGUUCUGAUCGCCUUUGGUUUGGACUUAGUACUCGUCAUGUCUCGAGAGUUGAGUGAUAUUCCCGAGGAUUCCAUGGUUUGCGGGCUUCUGCUCCAUCAUUCUCACCGGGAGCCGUAACACAGUCAGUAUUUACUGUUCGUCAUUUUGAACCUGAACUUGGUCUUCCCAUUCAAACAGAAGCAGCUUGUACACAAGCUUUCUCGUCGGCAAAAAUUGAUCCUGUUGUAACUAACUCCAUACGUGGUCCAUCACCAAUUACGUCUACAGUUAUGAAUUCCACUUCAAGUUACCAGUUUGUUCAUCCUCAAGGUCAAGUUAACACCUUCUUUGAAGGGUGGGAAAAGGUUGCUUCAUCAUUAGAAAGGUGUAUGGACAAGUUAACCGAAGCUAACUUAGAACAAAGUACUGUGAGCAAAGAACUGUUUGUUUCUGGACAACUUCCAAAACUGACCAUUCCAGUAUUUGAAGGAGACCCCCUACAAUAUCCUGUGUGGAAGAGUGCCUUUAAUGCUCUAGUUGACUCUAGACCAUUGGCAGCAGACAUGAAGCUGAAUAUGUUGAAUCAGUUUGUAACUGGAAAACCAAAGCAAAACCAAAGUUGUGGAAAAUUAUCUUCUGAUUGGGACAGAAGAAGCUUAUCAGACAGCUAGGUCUGUAUUGCAGGAAAGGUAUGGAAACUGUAAUGUUGUGAGUACAGCAUUUAUUAACAAGUUGGAGAAAUGGCCUAAGAUAGGACCCAAGGAUGCCAGUGCCUUAAGGGAGUUCUCAGACAUGUUAGACAAGGUAUCAGCAGCAAAGAACACCAUUCCAGGUCUUUCUGUACUGGACUAUGCAAAGGAGAAUGAAGAGUUACUAUCCAAGUUACCCUACUACCUUGAAACCAAGUGGAGAGAUGCAAUUAAACAAUGGAGACAUACCCAUGGUGAAGCCAGUUACCCUACCUUUGCUAAGUUUGCAGAUUUCAUCAGAGAAGCAGUAGGAAAGGCAAACAUCCCAGAGUUAGAAGGCCUCGCCACAUCAAGUAGUCCAAGAUUUAACAGAAAUCCGAAGCUGAAACCAGAUAAUGAGAAGGGUAGUUCUCUUUCUACAUCAGCUAAGGGUGGUGGUAACAGUAAAUCAGACCCCACUAAUUCUAGUAAAUCAAAGGACCCUGGUCCAAAUGGUUUGACGAAGUGUCUGUUUUGUAGUGCAAAGCACAAGUUAGAUGAUUGCGCUGAUUUCUGUAGAAAGCCUUUCAGUGAAAGGAGAGACUUCUUCUUCCGCGAACGUUUGUGUAUGGGUUGUGCGGCCAGUAAGAGUCAUCAGGUAGCGAACUGCAAGGAGAGGUUGAAAUGCAAAAUGAAAACAUGCUCAGGAACACAUCCCACAUGCCUUCACAAGGAACUAACACAAGACAAUUCUGCCAUAUCAAAUUGUAUGAGUGUAUGUCUAAUUCCUGAACAAAGCGGUGGAUUUGAUCACACCAUGAUAGUACCAGUGUGGGUCAGGCCAGUGGGAGAGCCAGAGAAGGAAAUCUUGCAGUAUGCAGUCCUCGACGAUCAUUCAAAUGUCAGUUUUGUGUCUGAGACUCUUUGUGAACGGUUUAACCUGCAAGGCCCAUCAACCGAGCUUCUGUUGACAACAAUGCACCAGCAAAAUGCCCGUGUUAAAACUAAAAAGACAUCUGGGCUAGAGAUUCUUGACUACCAUAGAGAAUGUGUAGUGAAGAUGCCAGUGGCCUUCACCCGGGAACUUGUUUCAGCUAACCGGUCGCAGAUUCCAAAACCUGAAGUGGCUAGGGAAUGGCAACAUCUGAAGCCCAUCGCCGAUAAGUUGACACCGUACCACCCAGAUGCAAAAAUUUCUAUCCUGAUUGGAAACAACUGCCCAAGAGCUAUCCGACCCAGGGAAAUAGUUGCCGGUGAAGAUGACAAGCCGUACGCUCAGAGGACUAUACUUGGUUGGGGAGUUAUUGGAAGAGUCUGCAAGUCUAAUAAUGUUGAAAACACAGACAAGGGUGUGUGCAAUAGAGUUGCAGCUUCAGAAAAUUCGUAGCCAGUUUGCAUUCGCCACGAAGGCUAAAGAGAUUAUUGGCCCAGAGAAAGUUCUCCGUGUGUUAGAAACUGACUUUGUUGAGACAAGUCCUAAGUACGAACCUUAAUCUAUGGAAGAUGAGAGAUUUCUAGGGAUUCUUGAGGACGGAGUAAAGAAACAAUCAGAUGGACGUUACGUGAUGCCACUUCCGUUGAAAUCAGACAGUGUGUGUCUUCCAGAGCAGCUGGUUGAAGGAUCUCUGUGGUUAACUGGUCCAGAAUUCUUGUGGAGAAGCGGACCCUGUGAACCAGAAAACGUGGAGCUGCCUCGCCUUCAAGACUCUGACCCAGAGGUGAAGAAAGUGUCUGUUUUGACCACGAAGGUCAGAAGUGUUGCUCCAUUUCCAGGUCAGUUUGAAAUAAGCAGACUAGAUGGUGUAUCUAGCUGGUACCGUGCUAUAAAGGUCAUAGCUCUAUGUUUACCUCUGAAGUCCAAGCUUCAAAGAAGGGAAAUUAAGAAACCCGGGAGUCCAGUAACAACGUCAAGUACAGACGUUGAGAAGUCAAUACUGAGAGUUACACUUCCAGAGCUUCAGGAGGCAGAGAAGACCAUCAUCAGAUGUUUGCAGUAAGAGUGUUUCCGAGAGGAACUUCAAAUUCUCUGCGACUUAAAUGUAACCAACGGAGAGACAAACAGAAACCAAGCCAGAAAGAGGAACCAAGCGUUACGAAAGACCAGUUCGCUGUACAAACUGGAUCCAUUUGUGGACCAUGAUGGCAUAAUUCGUGUUCGUGGUCGUAUCAGAAGAGCAGAUACACCAGUUGAUCUGGAGCAUCCAGUCAUUAUUCCGCGAAAAGGACACUUGACUGAACUGUUGAUUCAACAUCACCAUCUCAAAGUGAACCAUAUGGGUCGUGGUAUGACGCAUAACGAGUUGCGGCAAAGUGGCUAUUGGUUGAUCAAUGGUUCAUCAAAAGUAGCGAGGUUCAUAUCGAGUUGUGUGACAUGUAGACGACUGCGUAGGCCCACUGAGCAGCAGAAGAUGGCCUGCCUUCCUGACGACAGACUUGAACCAGCUCCUCCCUUCUCGUUGUGUGCCGUUGAUUACUUUGGACCGUUCAUUGUCAAAGAGAGAAGAAGUGAAGUUAAGCGCUAUGGAGUAUUGUUUACAUGUAUGGGGUCACGAAGUGUUCAUCUAGAGACUGCCAAUUCAUUGGAGAGUUCUUCAUUUAUCAAUGCAUCGAGACGUUUCAUGAAUCGGAGAGGUGCUGUGAGACAACUGAGGUCCGACCAAGGGACAAAUUUCAUUGGUGCACGAAGUGAACUGAAACGAGCAUUGUGCGAGAUGAAUCAAGAUCAUGUUCAAGACUAUUUGCUAAGGAAUGCAUGUGAGUGGAUUCCAUUCAAGUUGAACGUACCCCAUUCUAGUCACAUGGGCGGAACAUUGGAACGUAUGAUUCGUAGUGUACGCAACGCACUUGAACCACUACUGUUACAAGCUGGCAGCCAACUUGAUGAUGAGACAUUGCGAACACUCUUGACAGACGUCGAGUGCAUUAUUAAUUUAAGACCCCUCAGCGUCGAUAAUUUAUGUGAUGCAGAAGCGCCAGAGCCGUUGACUCCUAACCAUCUUCUUACUAUGAAACCUAAAAGAGUGCUACCACCCCCAGGAAAGUUUCAAAGAGCCGAUAUGUAUUGUCGUAGACGUUGGAGAAGAGUUCAGUAUCUUCAAAUGUUGCAAGUCAGGCAAAAGUGGGUCCAGCCUAAGAGAAACCUUGCUGUUUGUGAUAUAGUCAUCUCUAAGGAAAGUGAAAGCACGCGCAACAAGUGGCCACUUGGCAAAGUAGUGCAGGUGUACCCAAGUGACGACGGAUAUGUCAGAAAGGUCAGGUUGCUGAUGGCAGACGGGAAUUUGGAUGAUAGUGGCAAACGCCAACGCCCACCAUCAUAUUUAGACAGACCUAUACACAAGCUCGUUCUAUUGUUGACUGCAGAUGAAGUGUUCCAGGAAUAUGUCUUUCACGAGGAGACUAGGGAAGUCCUCAUCGAGGAGCCAACGAAGAACAAUUGAAAGACAUUGCAAAGGUUUUAUUGUCAAUGAACAUUGUAGCGAACGCUUGAUGUUGAUUAACUCAUUUAACAUUCAUUCGCUGUUGCCGAUCAGUGACUCGAGCUUUCGAAAUUCUACUGUUUGAGUAUCGAACUGAUAGUCUGUUGAACGUUUAGCCUUAGGGACUCAUGUAGGUUUAUUGUUUUGUCUUAACUGCAUGAGAUGCAGUUGAGGAGCCAUGUUACUACAGCAGUGCUGUAGUAAGGAGUUUUCAGUAUUUAUGGUCAGCGGUUGUUACCAUUUUGCUUAGGACUCGUGCUAGUUGCCGCCAUAUUCUUGUUUAUCACAUGUGUGAUUUAGGUUUACAAUCCAUGUAAUCCUUCGCUCAUCCGUAUCGUGUAAGAGAGACUAAGUUGUUAUCUGAAGAUCUGAAGAACUGAAGAGUUAAAGAUUAUUUGGAGAUAAAGGAAAGAUCUGACGAUUCAAGUUUUUCUCUUUUUCUUGUGAAUAACAACGAGACUCUAUACGUAUUUUGGCAAGAAUAGGUUUAGUAAUCCAGGGCGUAGUAGAUAACUCAAUUUCACGUUCGGAGAGCUUUCUACAUGGUACAUGAGAAUUUAUAAAUUGAGAUAUUUGAUCAUAGAAAAUAUCAAAUUUAGUGUUGGCAUCCAUAUAAUCACUUGAGAUGUUAUUCCAGUCUAGAAGUGAGAAAUCAUUGAUAUAUUUCUCUUCAUCAAAUUUGGAAAAGUCAUUUUAUAAUAACCUUAUAGUUAACUUUGAGAUUGUCUACAAUCAGGAAUUGAGGAAGAUGAUCAGAGAUUUUAGAUACUAGGUUACCACUGAUGGCAUUCAUAGCAUAAGUAUUUGCAAAUAUAUUAUCAAUGAGGGUUGCUGAUCUUUCAGUAAUACGUGUUGGUUAUAAGAUAUAAGGUAGAUGAGAAAAAGAGUUUAGCAUUAGUAAGAAAUCAUUAGAUUCAGGAUGACUUUCACUAUUUAACAGGUUAAUAUUAAAAUCAUCCAUAAUGAAGAUGGACUUACUUUCACUAGUUAGCUGAGAUAGAGUUGACUCCAGAUGUUCUCUGAACCUCACAGGGCUAAAGGAAGGGUGUAUAUAAGCACAGCAACAUAAAAUAUUUUUAGCUAUAGUAUUAAGUAUUUCAACCCAGAUAGUUUCAAAUUCAUCAUCAGUUGUACUUAGGUCAGUACGCUUAAAAGCAUUUAAAGUAUGUGUAGUGUAAAUUGCCACACCACCAACAGCAGAUCUGGAGGGUUGUGAAUGUAAUUCAUAACCAUCCAAGUUAUUAAUCAUUUUGAAACCUGAGGAAUAGUUUUCUCUAGUCUCACUAAUGCCUAAGACAUGAAAAGGAGAAUUCAUCAAAGCAAGUAUAGUCUGCAGGUCACCCAGAUGGGCAUCAAUACUAUUUCAGUUAACGUGAAAUAAGGAGAAAUAAGAUGGCGAAGAUGAUACAUGUAAAGCUAAUUUGUCAAAAUCUGAUGGAUAAUAAUAUUUAGAAUUUAUAGGAUUAGGUAUAUUUGACUCAAUAUCAGAGAUGUUUAGACUUCUGAGGGUAGUAAUCUUAGAGAUAAUAUCGAGGGAGGGUAGCAGUUCAAUAUCAGAAGGUUUCCUAGAAUUCAUAAGAAUGUUAAAUUCAAUAUCAUUUAAAGAACUAAAGGGAAAUAAAUCAAUAGUGCAUAUUUUACAGAAGAAUACCUCAUUGUUAAGUUUUAAGUGUUUGCAGUCCAUUACACUUGCCAUGGAUCCACAGAUGGCAGAUUCCACAUUUGACUGCAUCAUUACAACUUGCUGUUAACUUCUGGCAUAUGCCACAAGUAAAUGUUUGAUUAUGUGAUACGCUGUUCAUUUGCUAUCAGAUAAAGUGAAUAAAUCUAUACAUUUAAGCCAUGAGUUGAACCAUUCGGUCUGUCUCUGAUAAUGAGCUUAUCGAAAAAGGUUAAAUUAAUGCAUAGUAGAGGUUAGACAGUACAUUGAUAUCGACAUAAUAGCGAAUCUUGGAUAGUAUUCUAACACCUCUCUUUCUUUUGGUGGAAAUAUAUUGAAUCUGAAAUUUCCAUGACAAACUUGUGUCAAUGAAGACGCUAAGAUAUUUUAUACACUUUUCCUGAUUUAAGCACUUGUUUUCUAAGAUUAAUGGAAAUCACAAGAAAUCUUUUUUUUGUGGAGGAUGGAAGCUAACAAAACUUGAUUUUUGUAUAUUUAGUGAAAGCUUGUUAGAACGAAGCCACAUACUAACAUUGUUUAGCUCAGUAUUCAUAUUUUGUUGUAGAAGAUUUAUGUGUCAUGUUGUGUGUAGUACAAAAGAGAUUAGCAUCAUCAGCAAAAAGGUGAAAGUCAAAUUCAAAGUUGAUUUUGCUUUCUCUUUGAAAUGAUUUGUAUGUCACUGGACAUGAUUUGUAUAUCAAAAAGAGCGAUCAAUUUUCAUCCAUCCAUUUCAAUAAAAGCAAAUGGAAUCACUUCUCACUAUAGCGGACAACCUUCGUCGUAUAAAUAUGCGGUACCGAAGAAAGACGAAAAAUAGCCUGAGUAUCAGACCUUCCUAAGGGGCUAGGGGAGAGGAGAUUUAAGAUGGGGGAAGGGGGAGAGGGGAGAAGAGAAAGGAAGGCCUGCCACAAAACCAUUCAGCAAAUCGUGUGACACGUCCAAAAUCUGGAUGUGGCAGUGAUUGGAUAACACACAAUACCCUCAGACGUCACCCACCGCAAGUAAAUACGGAAAGGGCGAUCGGUAAGGAGAAGCCAUUGAAAUUUUUCACAGAUGGUUUGAUUUCAUGUGGUACUUUUAUGGACAGAGGAAUUCAAAAAGGCUCUACAGGGCGCUCUGAAGUUCUUUCCUGGAAUAAAAAUAAAACCGGAGCAAGAAUUGUGUUUUAAUAGCCUCGUAGUUAAAACGAAAGAUGUUCCCGGAGUAUGGAAAAGCCUCAUAUACCAGCUUCUGCCGAAACUAUGUCGGAGUAUUGGUUUCACAAGACCGGGACAAAGAAGACGUUUCAUAUCAGUGCUUCAGAUAUCUAAGUUCUGAUUUACAACAUCCUGCCGUUAAAAGGGUAUUGUUACUGUAAAUAAAAUCAGAGCGAGGUAGCCAUGUAUUGAGAAUAGCCGACAGCACCAAGGCUUUAGCUUGACUUUGCUUGUGGCGGUUACGAUAGCGUACGUGACCAGGGUACGUGAUUGAAAUUCGUUUGCUUCCUCUUCCAAAUUUGUUUUCACUUUUGAAAUGUCUUAAGCUCAAGCGGGCGCCAUCAUAUUUCGCCAACGAUUGACCUUUGCUAUGGGCUCUUACUUCUUUCUUAACAGAACUUGUAACAGCUUUCACGAGCUCUCUGUGAAGUGGUGGAAUUUGCUGCUGCUUGAUAAUUUUGUAGGCGUAGGUGUUUCACCAUCACACCUUCCGAUAUAUCCUUGCACCUCCUUUUAACCACCCGGGAAUACGAGGGAUAACCAACAAAACCUAAAGAAAAAAAAUAGAUUUUCCCUCGCACGAUUCUCGGCCUUAUCUACAUCAGGUUUUUGCUGUCAGACUCUCAGGAAUCUGCUCAUUAAUGAGUGCCUGUUGUAACUCUUUAAACAAAAGCAAUUUACAAUUUUCCGGACACACGUUUAUUUACAAACAGAGCGUUGGCGAUCUUACCCUAGCACAAUUCCUAAAACAUGUUAUAAUUCCUCAAAAGCGGCAGGUUUUCCAUUACAAGUAUUCGAAAACUCCUCAUUGGAGGUUUCAGAAAAAAGCGAAAUCGUAGCAACACAAGCACCGGAGCUUGGCGAGACCGUAAGGUGAGAUUUUAUUUUAGGUGAGUUUUUUGACACGUGAAGCUGACAACCCAAUGACCGGAAGUGAUUUUGAUUGGAUGGUAUAGAAAUCAUGCUGGGGGUGGAAGGCUCCAGUAAAGGCAUCUGUGUCAGGCGUUUCUCUCCUUCAGCUCUCUCCCUUUUUCGCUUCCAUCUUUUCCCUUUUCCCCCCAGAAACGCCUGAUACUCAGGCUAACUCAGGUAGCCCUUUUUGAUCAAAUUAUUUUAAGGUUUAAACUCGAAGCUUUAUAUGGUGUGAAAUCAUUAUAAUUUACUUUUACCGUAUCACUUGAAAUAAUUAUAGCAAUAAUAACAAUAAUAGUAAUGGCGAUAAUAAUAAUUAUUAUAAAAAUAAUUAUGAAAGUAAAUUAUGUUUGUCAUAAAAAAUCUUCCAGAAUCCUUAUGAGGCAAUUCAUUCAUCCGUUCGUUCAUUUAUCUUGCCAUUAACCACGUAGGAAUACAUCAACAAUAUACAAGAAAUUUAUAAUAUACUAGUAAUAACUGCCAAUUAGGGGAGUGCGUUCGAUGGGGAGGCGGGGGGUGGGGUGAUGGGCAGUGAGUGGUAGUGGGAAGGGGGUGCAAAACCUGAUGGGCUUGUAAUAUUGAGAAAUCAGAAUCAAACACUUUUAUCAAUACGAAUAUCAGCAGAUGUCUUUAUCAGUGUUUUUGUUUAUCCUCCCACUUUACAAUUCGUUACUAUUUCAUUUUUCCUCAAAAAUACAAGAACGUGGUGCUUUUUACAUUUACUUGGCUAAACCUCUAAGUAAAGUACAUGUAAGUAACAACAGGUCAAACACUGACUAUGAUCCUCAGGAUAUUCCUUUGCACUCUAGGAUGGUCAAUAAAAAUGGCUAAAAAUUGGGAUACAGAAAAAUUAAAGUUAUCUGAAAAGUUUAAGCGUCGAGUAUCACUUUAAACCCUUGUUGCGUGACACUAGGCUAACACGACUCACCUCAUUCAAAGAACCCGGAAUUAGUGAGAUGAAAAGGUCAACGUUUCACUGUUCAACGUUUUGUAUAUUUUUCAAAUAUGGUGACAAACAAAAGCAAAUACAACGCAGUAAAUAGCUUUUAAAAGCGAAAGAUGUAAUUUGUAGAAUUAAAUAUGGUCGAUCUAAGCUGAUCUUGCUUGAAUUCGUAAAACAAAUACAGUGUGCAGAACGCAUUGUAAACAUAAUAUCUAUACCUGGAUUUUUAAAAACCGGGUUAGGAAAAAUAUCAACUCAUUCUACUAGCUGGCAGUUGAAAACAAUAAAAUUCGUUCAAAGGCCGAUUAAAAGCGUUUAUUUGACGCCGGGCAGUAAGUUAAUGGUCCCCAGAAGCAUUCCAACGAGUCCCCAAAUUUAAAAUGACGCAAAUUUUCGAACAUUUUCAGUAAUCUGACUUCGCGAAGUUUCAAACCGGUGUCAUUUCAGUCUAGAAAUUUUUAAGUUGAGUGAACUGUAGCGAAAGAGUGCCUGGUUAAGGCCUACAUAUCAACUUAAAUAGCUAGCAAAACACAACUUUUUUCGUGGUCCGAUGAACAACAGGAUUUCGCGCGCAUGGAAUAGAUAAACAAACUGAAUGAAACACAGUGCACAAAUUAUCACCUUCUUAUCUGCCAAAAUAGUCCUAUGGUUCAAUGCCAUUAGAGCCCGCUGAAACUAGACCUAGAUCCAAUUUUCCUAAGUCGAGAGUUGCUCUUACAAGGGACAAUCAGCUAAGCUAAACACCGACGAAACAGUAUUAAUGGCUGGCACAGAAUAUUUUGGCCAAACCGCAGUUCAACCACGCGAUCACAUACCUGUCAACACCAUGCGGAAAUCACGCAAUCACACACGUUUGCGGCACUGACAAGACUAUCCACAACCACGCAUAAUCUUCUCACGUUCAACAUAAGCGAAAUAUCAUCGAAUAACUCGGAAAAACUCAGCCUACUGGCAAAAACACGUCUGGACUUUUCUGUAACACUCGUCUUAUUCAAGUUCCCGGAUGUACUGUCACACGGUCGGCGGGCACCACCUUCGGCUUGUUUCCACACCAGAAAACAAGACGCUGUGGGAGCGUACACUUGGGCGUGGUUGUUCUUAGCGUAUGUGAAGUUUGUUAUGUGUGUGAGGGAUAUGUGGGUAGUGCAGUGGUAUUGUGUAUUUGAGGGGUUAGUUGAGAUGUGUGAAGUAGUAGGCAUGGAGUUAUAUUGGAAAUUGAUUGCUAAGAUGGUGGGUCUAGUUUGUGAGGUAGUUACUGGGUUUCUACGAGGUUGUUGUUAUUGGAUGUUGGUAAUAGAGUCAAACUCUGUUAAUAGUGGCACUGAGGUGUUGAUAGAAAAUGUCUGUAUUAAGUGACAUGUUUUACAAACAUACUGUUUCCAUCAAAUGAAGACUGCACACUGAAAAAAUUUUGACACGAAUAUUCUCUUUUGUUAAAAAUGUGGAAGAUCAACUGGCGUAAUAUGUCUUUUCACACCCAUCACAUUGUACUGUGUAUUCCCAAUACUAGCAAAGGCAGAUAAAGUUCCUGAAGUCCAGAGUCCACAUGGAUUAAUAACAGAGUAUCACAUUGCAUAAACUGCUAUAGCACAGCACUGUUUACAACAUUGGUGUAAACUAUUAAGAGCGACUCUCCAUAGGGACCGAGUGAGAUUGAAAAAAUGUGGCACAAGGUCGGAAAAAUCGAUCCCUUGAUAUUUCGUCCAGAGAUAACCUAUGAUAUGCUAAGAAUCGUGAUAUAAGUUUUAGGUUCUAGAGUUUUUACAUUUUUGAGAAAAUUACGAAAAACCGUCGACAACCCGUGAAGCCGAAAAAUCACAGAAAUGAGGUCAAAUUUCAUGAUCAGAUAAUCGAACUCGCGUGAAGGCGCAUAGCAAAUUAUGGUUUUCCUUAGUUUAUAAUUUUAGUAAGAAGGGUUGCUAAGCUGCUUUGAUGAUAUUUUAGACUUACAAUUCUAAUUCCGAAUUCCUGGAGAACAAGCGAAGAGAACCGAAAUUUCUAGACUUUGAAAAUCAAAAAUUCGAUACCGUUUUCAAACAUCUCAAAACAUACUCGGUAUUAUGUAGAAUUCUUUCAAAAUUCAAUUCUAGCAAGUACAAGAGUUAUUUUUGAACGUGAUAUAAUUUUUUUCUUGGUAAAAGUUAUUUCUGAGGCGAGCGGCCCCAUGCAAGUUGACCCAAUUUGACCUUUCGAAGAGAUUUUGUUUAACCAGGAAAUGUAAACAAUAUCGACUAGCCUUAGCUCGCUUUCUGAGCAAACCAUUGAAAAACCCUGCCAUUUCCCAUUGAAACUACCCAGUAAACCUGAGAUAAUACUUCGAUGACAGCUUACCUUCCAAAUGGGUGUUUGAAGGCAAAUAAUGUUGAUGUUCUUCGCUAAUUUUCCUGUGUCUUGCCGCCGAGUCAGCAACCGGCCUUUUCAUACGCGGCUAAAGCAUUUUCUAAGUGUCACCUUUCUCUGGCUUGUGCAAUAUUUUUUGCAGGACCUGGAUCCAUGUCUUGCAUAUAAAGCAUCCUCUGGGUAUCUAUUGUGUUUUGUAUUGAAUAUUUCUAAUGAAAAGAGGCAAGAAGUGAAGGAACUAAUUGAACUGAAAAAUAGACCCAGAUCGAUGUCACGCAAUCUUUACAUCUUAGUGAUCACGUGCCGCAAAUACAUCCGUGUGGAUAUUUUUGUCUUGCGCUUGCUCAUUUCUUCAUUUUCUUCCUUACUAGCAUACAAUGUUUUCGUUUUGGUUUUUUGUAACUUUUUUAUUUGUAAUCACAAGCCUAUUACGAAGGAGAGUUCUUUGUAUGCAAUACUUUGAAUCGGUGUUUAUACACGCAACACAUUUACUUUUCCCAUUUUCUAGUGACUGUGCAACAAACUAGAAAUCCUAUCUAGGUACCUCCAAAAGUCAAAUGCCCGGGCAGGUCCAUGGCUAAUGAUUUCCUAAAGCUAGAUAAGAGGGAAUACCGGUAGUAAUAUAUAUCUGAAAAAGGGCUAGGUACUGGCCGCGAACCCAGUUUUUGUAAUUUGUAUUACUUAAUUGUAUUUACCAAUUUGCCCAUGGCAGGUGAACACGCAAAUAGGUCCUCUUCGUGGGGCAUCUAACUUUUUAGGAAUUAUGUUCAACAAGAUACCUUUUGAUGCAGAAGUAGACGCACGCUUUUAUAUGAUUCUCGAAAAACUGAAAAUGAUUUGCUUUUGGGUUCGCACAAGACAUCAGUUUCUUUUCGUACGAGCAAAGAGCACGUAAAACUGUUUUGAGAGUUGCUAUCGAGAGAGAUCCAAGUUUAAAACAGAUAAUUACCAAACGCAAAUAGACCUAACGGUUUGUUUACCUCUAACGAAGUUCUAAAUAUAGAAUUCUCACGGCCCUCGAGCUGUGAUCUGUUAAAAUCGAACUUUUCGAUCGUUCGCCCGAUAAGCGAGGCCAGCGCGUGCGAGGCUCCUAACGUUUUCUUAAAUUCGGCAAAUCUUAUUACGCGGACAAACUCCACUGGAUUAAAAUCUUUACAACUGUACAAAGAUAUGUGCAGUAAAAUGAGUUUGGGUCUUUUGAAGUGUAUUAUAUAACCGUUGAGCGCUCACUUUGUCAAAAAAAGCACUUUGAAAUCAAACAUUAAGCGGAUAAGUAAAGCCCAAAGUUAGCACAAGGGUGGGGUAGGGGGAUGGGAUGAGGGUCAUCAUAGGGAUACGUUCUUCAGUACCACGCCAAGCCCUAACCUAAGCGUCAGGAGCCGAUUAGUAAUCGGCUCCUGAAGCGUACGUCAAUGGUGGGAGCACUGUCAUAUAGACUUUCCGGUCAGUAUAAAAUAUGGACUGCGGACUGGGUAUAAAAUACGGACUAGGUAUAAAACGCGGACUAGAAAAUACGGCCCGGGUAUAAAACACGGACAAGGUAUAAAACGAGGACUGCGGACUGGGUAUAAAAUACGGAUUACGGACUACUUUGGUAAAAACCGUGCAAAUUGGUUCUAGGUAAGGAAAAAUAAGAUCAAAAGAUCGCUAAAUAGCAAGACACGUGAGUUAAAGUUGUAAAUACUACUAUAACUUCUUGGCGGAGGUGUCCCGCCCGGUUCUCUGAAUCAUGAGGCGGAUCAAAAUGCUAUUUUCUUCACCCAUUUUUAGACCUUGUCUUGGUCUCUAACAAUCAUGAAAGGGGUCAGGAUAAGGGGUGGUACUCCCUUCUAUAAUGGAAGGGUAGGAGUUUUGGGCCUCUUUGGUCUGAAAACACUUUGCCCAUUUUGGUGUGGAAUCGGGUAUGGUUUUCGAGGGAACUACGGGAGCGUACAUGAAUGGACGUAUUUAUCGUUUCAAUUCCAAAUGAAUAAGAACGAAAUAGAAAUGUGCGAAUUCGAAAUGAAUUUGGAGAAUUUUUUUGUUUACGCUCUAACUUGGUAAUGAUGACAAAAUUUCUGCCUAAUUAGACCUAACCUGUUAAAGGCUAGGGUCGGCUGAAUUGGGUCGGCUGAAUUGAGAAAGCGAAAACACGAAAAUAAAAAGGCAGAAAACUGGGGAGUCUCCCCAACUAUCUGAGAACCUGGAACAGGCUAAAUUAGGCCAGGUCCGAAAAUGGGUAUGGAUUUUAGAGAUCUAGUCUGAAAACGGGUGUGGAAAAUGACAAUUUUUUUGGUCUGCAAUAAGGUCAGGAUUCGGAGAACAGGGCACUACACCCACACCAAGAAUUCCCAGUAGUACCCCCCUCCAGGGAUCAGAAGCAGGGUGUAAAUCAUGUCAUCAUAAUCAUCGUUUAGAAUAUAACGUUGGAUGACUCAUUUCGGUUAUUAUUCACGCAUGUGAGUAAUCCCUCGCACCUAAAUACUGCUUUUGUGCAUCGCAUUGACCUUCUCGUCUGAGUUCUUCAUUCAGUCCUCAUAUUCCCAAACCUUUAUUUGAUACGGAAUUGUGGCAUCCGAUAAUAAUUUUACUGAUCAGACUAACACCAAUACUAUUUUUUUUAAUACGGUGCUUCUUAUUGGUUUAAAACUGCAAAUUGAAAUCUCUUCUAACUCCCUCUUUUUAUAAAAUUCAGAGUUUAAUUUUAGUUGCCUUGAGUCACCGGCAUAACCUUCCUUCUCCGUGGGAAGAAUAGACUACGUGAACAGCCAAGGGAUGUUAAAGCUGGGACUACUGUUUUUGCUAGUCUGCUUUCUAUUUCUCUCAGUCUUACCUUCUAAAGCUGUUUUUAUAUACAUAAUCCGUAGUCCGCGUUUUAUACCUAGUCCGUGUUUUAUACUCAUUCCGGAGUCCGCAUUUUAUACCUAGUCCGUAUUUUAUACCCAGUCCGCAGUCCAUGUUUUAUACUGACCGAUAGACUUUCUUCUUAGAAUCCAUGUCACUAAGAUGCUGCAGGAGAUUUAGAUAAGUUUGGGCUCUGCAGGAAAUUUGUUUUCCGGCCGUUGCGCCCGCGCAAUUUUGUUUUCAAAAUCUUCCAGUCCCCUCCCCCCCCCUUAAUAAAAAAUGGAAUGGGCCAUCCUUUACCCCAAAUACAUUUUGUUUUCACUCACUAAAUUCAAAGUUAGCACAAGGGUCGGGUAGGGGACUAGGGGGGAGUGAAUAGGGUGUGGUUACGAACUCUUAACUGUUUUCCACUAUCCACUGAGCUGAGCAAUAGCUGAGUGCGCUAAGGAGAAAAAAAGGAAGUUGUCCCGUGUUAACUUGAUAGAAAAACGUAUUUUGAGCGAAAGCAAUUGAGUGAAUUACUGUAUUAGAUAUAUGGAACAAAAGACAUGAAAAAGUCUUGUGUAUGUUUAUAUCAUGAUGGAAAAUCUUAACUAAAUUUUUGAAGUGGCCAUGUAAUAAACCGUUAAAUGCAUUGCGUGCAACAGCAACAAGAAACAGAAAUUGUUUGCAUAGGAAAACUUCUUUCCUCCACCCAGGCAGAAAACAUAUUAAUCACCCGGUCCGGAAGUGACAAAGGAAAGAUUGCGUUACACUCACUAGACCGAGAUUUACGUCUUGCGCUUUAAUAGGAAUUUUUUUUAUUAUACAAGAAACUAAAUGAAUAUCAAGAUGUUGCUCACUGAGAGGUAGAUAUUGCAACAUAUGGAUUGAUUUUCCGGAAAAGUGUUGCACAAGCAGCUACAAGCUUAGCCCGGAACCGGUGUACAAGCUCGAUGUCAAGAUAUGACCCUAAAUUAUAAAGCGCGGCAACAAGAAAGCAAUGGAAAAAUUAACUGAGAACGUCAAAAUUAUUUGCCUUCAAACACCCAUUUGGAAGGUAAGCUGUCAUCGAAGUAUUAUCUCAGGUUUACUGGGUAGUUUCAAUGGGAAAUGGCUGGGUUUUUCAAUGGUUUGCUCAGAAAGCGAGCUAAGGCUAGUCGAUAUUGUUUACAUUUCCUGGUUAAACAAAAUCUCUUCGAAAGGUCAAAUUGGGUUAACUUGCAUGGGGCCGCUCGCCUCAGAAAUAACUUUUGCCAAGAAAAAAAUUAUAUCACGUUCAAAAAUAAGUCUUGUACUUGCUAGAAUUGAGUUUUGAAAGAAUUCUACAUAAUACCGAGUACGUUUUGAGAUGUUUGAAAACGGUAUGGAAUUUUUGAUUUUCAAAGUCUAGAAAUUUCGGUUCUCUUCGCUUGGUCUCCAGGAAUUCGGAAUUAGAAUUGUAAGUCUAAAAUAUCAUCAAAGCAGCUUAGCAAUACCUCCUAACUAAAAUUAUAAACUAAGGAAAACCAUUAUUUGCUAUGCGCCUUCACGCGAGUUCGAAUAUCUGAUCAUGAUAUUUGACCUUAUUUCCGUGAUUUUUCGGCUUCACGGGUUGUCGACGGUUUUUCGUAAUUUUCUCAAAAAUGUAAAAACUCUAGAACCUAAAACUUACAUCACGAUUCUUAGCAUAUCAUAGGUUAUCUCUGGACGAAAUAUCAAGGGGUCCAUUUUUCUAACCUUGUGCCGCCCCUCACGCGGUGAUUAGGGAGAGUGGCUCUUAACAUUUGAUAUGCUACUGUAUUCAACACUGCUUGAACAAAGAUCAUCUUCAAUGUUGGCAAUAUGUAGACCUUUAAGCUCAUAUUUAUCCUCAUUCCUGCAUGUAUAUAGACUGAAAAUAUUGUAUUAAUUUAUGCAUGGAAGGUAUUUCCAACAAUACACAUGUACCUUGACUAUGACUGUUAACAGUACACAUCUCUAGCAUGAGAAUCAACAGCAAUAAUUCCAACAGUUAAAAUGAAUGAGAUGUAGUUCAGAGUCACCCCUCAAUUCUGACAUCACCAUGCAAGUUACAAGUAUAACUUUCACUGUAUUCAAGCUGGAAAAAUCGCUCAACACUGUGAACAUUUCUGGCAAUUCUGUUAACAUUAACAUUAACAUAGAUUGUCUUGCAAGCAAUGGCAGACUAGAGUAUAAUUUGCUACCAACAGUCAUUAUUUGAAUCAUAUCAUUGACUGAAGUAAUCCUUCUUAUCUUACUGUAAAUUAAAGCGCACAAACUCAUUGCAACGCAUUGUUGUUCCGCAUUUUCCCCAAAUACUACAACGUUUCCGUGACAGUAUGCAGCAUGAAUCGUUUUUGUAGCAUCUACGCCACAUGAAGGUCCUGGAUUCUUCUCGAUAUCAGUAGAAAGCUUAAAUUGGCCAAAAUUAACCCGGAGAAUCAAACUCUUGUAAGCACUAUAAAAUGGAUAGUUAUAUGUACAGAGGGACAAAGACUUACUUAAAACCGUAUUUUGAUACCUCGACACCCCGCCUAAAUAGCCUCUUCUUUUACGCUUAGACGACAGAUAUACCUUCCCUUGUUUUUGAACUUGCUCUCAGUAAAAAAUCGAAAAAACGUACCUCACGCUCUUACAAGCCCUUACAAUUACUCCUGUUCCGGUGUAAGUAUAAAACAUUUCUAUUUUUAACGUAACAAUGAAUUUUAGACGACAAUGGUGUAUUUUUCAGAAUUCUCACUUUCCGUGUUUUGUUUGACAAAGAUUUUCAAUUUCUUCAUCGGUAGUCUGCUAGGUGCACGACCGCGUCGAGAGAAAUGACUAACCUUAUUUAAUACAACUGGAUUGUAAGUUCUGUUAUCAGUAAAUUUUCCCACGACGAGAUCUCAAUUUAACUUCUUUGAUUUCCUCCACAAGACAAUUUUCCUUCUGUACAAUUGACUCAUUACCUGUUCUUGUCGUCACCUCACUGACAUCAAAACUCACUCUUAACACAAAACUUGCUGACAAUGCAAAAUCCCGACGCCGAGCAUCGUACAUGUACCGCAUAACAAUAUACACAAUUACAUGAAAAACACAACGCGCAAAACAAAAAAAGUACAUUAACAGUCACUCUGCUAAACAAAAUUGAAAGAAUAGGAAGAAUUGUUACCGUUAUCACAGUAAUUCCCAAUUAAACCUGAGUCCCUUUUGGUUUCAAUUGUUGACAAUCUUCUCUUCCUUCAUCGGAAAAGAUUUUUAUCACAGGCAACUCCUUGGGUUCCGCAUUGUGAAAAUCAAAAUCACUUUUGUCACACUGAUUACCAGCUACACAAAUCUUGCGACUCUCAAACUUGAUACACAUUCUUCUGUUCAAACUCUUAUGGAUUUUACACGUACACUCUUGACAUUCCGAUUUGUUAUUGCGUCUAUGAGGUCCAUGGUCUUUAAAAGUCUUGACAAUUUCCUUUGUUUUUCUUUGAGUUCGCGGACCAGCCAUUAUGAAAACACUUAGUGUUAUUUCAGUGUGGGCCUACCGCGAACAGUGUGUGCAUUUGUAAGUUUAACCCUCGACAACAUACUUCAACAAUACGUUCCUCGAAACACCGUCGCCAAAUGACCAAAGUCAUUAGACCUGACUACCACCCCUGAAGCGCGACGAAUUCUGCUUGUUGUUUCACAUUUCAACCUGUCAUUUUUGGCCACUGAAACGUUGUCCGUUACUCUCUGUCUUGAAAUUGACAACGUUUUUGGCGCCGUACGAACAUGUUUUGAUCACGUGCUGUCUAAGUUUUCACGUUUUUCGUGGGAGCGUAUCCUAUUUUUAAACUCUGCCUGUGUCAAUAUGGUGAUGCAAAUUCAAGUUCAAAUCGGAGAUACUAGAAGAGUGUUUUUUUUUAUGAAACCGCCAGGGAGUGUUGAGGAUUUAAAAAAACUACAGUUUGCCUGAAAUUCAGAAGACAGGUUUUAUGGAUUUUGGUUUUCUUUACGAACGCAGGAGAAUAUGUAGUGUUGAAUGACGUUCGCAUUGCAGACAUUCGCCUCGCUUCGCUUGUUUACUUGUUUGUUCACGUUAGCACGAAUUGCGUGCCUAUUGCACAUUUGCCUCAAAACAAGCCGUUUCCAUUACUCUAUUUGGGCCACGCCCAAAUAAAAAUUAAGUCUUGGCCCGGGUCAAAGUUCGCCUGCAAUUUGGCUCGCACCUAAUUCAUUUCACUCCUAAGAGCCUGUUCCCGAGGCCAAAGACUUAGUGGUCACCUUAGAAAAGCCGACAAUAUCGCACCUUUCUGUCUCAGCCCGGAUCAGGGUGAUUGAUGCGUUUAGCCAAAUGAAACGAAAAUAUGAUACGAUAUUGGACGAUGCAGACUCUGCGAAUCGUAAUAACUUUGUCCCGUCUCAGAGCUUUACAUGAUGCUCUCCGGGAAACUUUUCUUAAGGUGACCAUUAUCUAAAAGUAAGCUGCCCAACGGCACCGAAACCAGAUUUAGGCGAGCACUGAUUUCAAAUAACUGUCACUUGUAUCAAAGAGAGAAUUGUGGCUAGGGAGAAAAAAAUAGGAGGUGGGGAGGGGGGGUUUAGGUGGUAAUUCUGUCCACAUCCACUUCUACACAAAUCCCUAACCACAAACCAAGCAAAAACAAACGACAUAAGCAAACAACAGAGGAAACAAGCUAUUAGACAGGGGAAGUUGAGAAAAAUUACAAAAUGUUUGCUAACCCGGUAUUCAUAACUCCAGGUAGAUCUACAUAUCCGAUUAUCUUAGAUCGGAAAUUUUCCUAUGUAAAAAAAAACUUAAUUGAAAACUGCAAGAAAAACUAUAAAUAAACCUGUAGUGAACAGAAAAUCGCCAACGUUUCAUUUGUGAACGAGUGUCACAAAAUAGAUACCAGCCCGGAUGAGAAAAACUGAACACAUAAGAUCGAGGCAAAAUGUGCCAGGCCGGUCCAAGAUGGCGUCCAAACCAUGAAAUAGUAUGGCAUACAGAACGGUUACUACUUCAUGUCCGUACACAACUAGUAAGCGUCCUCCUUCGUCGAACGCAAUUAAAGAUAAUAGACACUUUUCUAAAUAAAUUAGUUUACAAAUGUUCAAAGUGGUACUGACAAGGAAGCCUAUAUAGAAGCCGGGGGCUUAAACAUUAUAGUUUAAGGAAAUAUUUUUGAAAAGCUUUGGCAAUUUUAUAGUUAGAAGAAUGUCAGACCACAAUGAGAUAACAUUUGCCAUAAGAUAUCUUUCCAUGUUUCUUGUGGGGUAAUGUCGUCAUCAGUCACGUGACUAUUGCCGAAUUAGGUUCUUCCGGCAUUUAAAAGGGCUAUGUCAGCCGGACAACAUGCGCGCUAAGGUUAUGCAAAUAGUUCAAUCGUCAAAUUUUUAUUACUUUUAACACGUGGCUUUCUUUGUCGUGUACAGAGCGCCGAAUUUUACAGCGACGAGUUACAAGCGAAUUGGGUUUGGUUAAAGGAGCUGUGUCACGAAAUUCAGCCAAAUUAGGUAAUUACAAAAUGCCCGUUAAAUUAAAAGAAACGUAAAAAUAACCGCUUAAAACAUUAAAGGAAGGUUAAAGUAACACAACAGAUACAACAGAUGCCACGGAUGGCCAAAACUGAAGAAGAUUGAAACGGAUUGAAAUUAGGGUUUUUGAAAACUGUUCAGCCAAACAGUUUUUCAAAGUUGGUCUCCGCUGUUUGCAACUUCGAAAAUAAUGCUCAAGAGAGAUUUGUUUGUCUCGAAUCUCUAAGUUUGUCGUUUCCAUGUUAUUUCCUUGCUUACUUUAAGUUCAGUAAUUGGCAAAAUUAAACAAAAUGAACUGGACUGCCGUGACACAGCCCCUUUAAGGGAUACUUUGAUAGAAUUUACGGAACGUUUAUUCUCUGGUUAUGCUGGAUCUCGUCGUCAAUAAUCAAAGUGUAAGUACAAUUUUACCCGUUGUUUUGAAUUAAAAACGCAUGCCAUUCAUAAAAAAAGAGCGAUAACAAAAUUUCAGCAACAAGAUAUUGUCGUAGUCAACAUAAUAAAUCAAAGUUUUAUUUUAUCAGCAAAGACUGUUUCAAAUCAUCAACAAUUAGACUUGUCUUUCGCUACUUAUUUUACUAUAAAACUUAUAUGCUGGCGGAACAAAAAGCGACACUGUUUUUUAUGUCUUUGUUUUGAUCUUCUGGACACACACAUUGAUCGUGCAAAAUUGUUCGUUGAUUUCAAAUCACUGCGACGUUGAGAACAACAGAACCAAGAAUCAGUAGACUAGUCCGAUUCCGGCUAAGCUGUCGGCGAAUAACGAGGGAAAGUAAACUCUGCUAGUUUCCAAACAACCUAGCAAAUAUACUCGAACACAAACAGUUCAAAGACAUGGCAUUCGCAGGAUCUAAAUGGUGCCUCUCUGAGUCCGUUAAGAACAAGCUGGACGAGCAAGCGGUUGUAUUUAUCCUUGCCGCCGAUCAAGAUAAAUACAAGAAGAAAUCUACCCCAAUUUUAUAACGUUUCCUUCGCCAAAAUUUAAGCUUCGUCUCGAAACUCAUGGCCAUGCUGUUGGAAUCGUUUAUCAAAAACAGCCGCCGCCAACUCGAUAGCUGCCUCAUUUUUGAGCACAAAAAUAUCCACGAGCCAGCAGCCUCUAAAAUAAGUCAACAGAAAGCUAAGGUUCUGUGAACUAUGAGGAAAGAUUCCAACGGCCGCUGAUAAGAGGAUGCUGUAAAUCUACGUGAACAAAUUCCAGGGGCAAACAAUUUCAAAAAUAACGCAAAAAUGUCUUCUGUAAUCACCAUAGAACGAUUGUCAAUACAAACUGCCCUAACUAUCAAACGAUGGCUGAAGUUUAAACAGAUAUAAAAAAUAGCCUUCCAAAAUCUCUGACAAAACUUGAAACUUUUGGGCCAUCUUUUGCAAGUUGUUUUCCACCAGCUCGCGCAUGUGCGUGGUCUGAUAUAGCCCCUUUAGAAUUUAAAGGGGCAAUGAACAUGAGCGGAAACGUUGGGGGCUGUAGAGAGUCGACGUUUCAUCAAACGACAGUCAAAAUUUGUAGGAAAGUAAUGUUCUACAUGAUUUUUUUUAAAGAGCAAAAGAGGGACAUGACAUCAUCAGUAACAUGACCAGAGCGUUUUGAAUAUUUGAGUACGUUUUUAAAGUACAUUUUUCGUGUUGUUGUUUUGUCUACAAAUAUCUACACUGUAUUGCCUCUGAGUAAUUAUACCUCCAUUUUCAAAGCAAAAGCAAACGAAGACUGAGCCAGAAGUUUAAAGUUGCGUAAAUUUAUCCACCGAGGUUUAAUCGUAUUACACCCGUCUUAUUUUCUUUGCAUUGGCUACCCGUUGCCUACCGUAUCGAGUUUAAAAUCUUAGUUUUAACGUUUAAAGCAAUAUACCAACUUGCGCCGUCCUAUAACCGCAAUCUAGUUCGAUUAAAGGAGAAAUUUAAAUACCAGCUUCGAUCUUCUGAAGAAAUACUAUUGCAGUUGCCCAUGGGAAAAACAAAGAAAACUCUGGGUGACAGAUCAUUCCAAAUAGCUGCCCCUACACUGUGGAACAGUCUGCCUGCAAAUGUCAGAGACAUCGAUAACUUUUUGGUUUUUAAACGAACAAUAAAGACUUACUUAUUUAGGAAGGCUUUUGCCUGUUAUAGUUAGAUUGAUAAAUUUUAGACUAUAAAUUUUAGGUAUUCUUAAGUUUACUUUAUUGUAAUUAUUACAGGUAGUUAUAGUUGUAAGGCGCAUUUCAUCAUAUUCAGAUGUUAAUUUCCACCUAAUGAUUAAGAAAUAAAUUAUUAUUAUUAUUGCAAGUUUAAAUCGAAAAGGAGACUUACUGUUGAGAGCUUUGUAUAAUUCUUUUUCAACUAAACUGUUUUUUCGCCGAAAUAAAAGUUCAAUGUUUGUUAAUAAAGGAUAACUUUAGCACAUAGUUGCAUAAGUUGCACUGUUGACUGUUCAACUACUGCUAAAAAUAUUGGGGUUAUUUCUAAUAACUCUCUAUCGAUGUUGCCGCACGUUACUGCUGUUUGCAAGUCUUUGUUUUUUUCAUUUACGCAAGAUUCGCAAGUUUCUUUCUUAUGAUGUAUGUAAAACUCUAAUUCAUGCCUUUUUUACUGCAAGGAUCGACUAUUGUAACUCAUUGCUCCACAGUCAGCCUCAAUGUAGUUUGAAACGUUUACAGAGUGUCCUAAAUAGUGCUGCUAGGCUUAUUCACCUUACUAGUAGAUAUGAACAUGUCACGCCGUUGCUUAUUCAACUUCAUUGGCUACCAAUUGAACAAAGGACAACGUUCAAAAUUGCAGUAAUUAUAUUUAAGGCACUUCAUGGUGCUGCACCUAGCUAUAUCACUGAUCUCAUGAAGUCUUAUACACCUGGGCCCAGUUGCUCGAAGCAUGGUUAGCGUUAACCAGCGUUUAAGAGCCAUUUUCUGAGAAAAUCGAGAAUCGCAAGACACUCGUCAAAAAAUCGAAUUUUUUAUUAUUUUGCCAAAACAUCCCUUUUAGUGACCUAAUUUAAGGAAAAAUAGUUUUGGGUUCAAACGAUUCAUUUUAAAGGAGAAAUUAAAAAAAGUUUGAAAAAUCGAUUUUAUUCCUGUUUUUCGAACAAAACACGGCAGGAUGCAAUGGCAACUUUGAGAGAAGGGUGAACGCGUAAGAAACAUUCCCUGACACUGAAACUUCACCGAAUUAUUAUUUUGUUCUUACUCUUGAAAACCUUAAAAGAAAAUUUGAAAAACAAUGUCUUAUAUUUUUAUAAUCGACAAGUGUAAAGAGGUCAUAUUUGUGACGUUAGACGUGCUAGAAAAUGAAGGCCAACUUUGACUAUUAAAAAAGGCCUCUGGUAUAUGCCGCUUGAUCAUAAAAUCAAUAUAAAAUGGAACCUUGGCUUUUGUACUAACUUACUGGAAAGUUUUAGCUCUGGAAAUCAAAUACCAUCCUGACACCAAAGCAAGCGGUGAGAGCAAUUGAAUUGGGAAAUUUAUGCAAAUUAGACGGCUUGCGGACGGUUGUCAAACUAAAAGAAAGGUUUUACAUGAAAGGAUUACUCACCAAUGCUUGUAACACGUUUUUACGGAAAGGAAAGUUAUUUCCAACUUCUGUUGCGUCGGUUUGAGUCACAAAAUCCAUAAUUUUAAGCCAAAAGGUCCAAAAGACAAACGUACGUUUGCUCAACGACAGCGCCAGAAUCCGGCCGUGAAUCGAAAUGAAGUCACAACACGUCACUGCGGUCCUUUAGAAGCAAGAGUUGCAAGAGUUUUUACUUCAAUCAUGAGGAGGCCAAAAGAUUGAAAAUUCAUCGCAAACUAAUGACUUCGAUUUUGAAAACCUUUCAUCACUUCGAUCGUUUGCCGGCUGAUAAUAAACAUCGCACAAGAUCGUAUGACCUUUGGCGUGUGACCGGAAAUCGGUCACACGCUUAAGUCACGUUAGCAUACUGUCACGAAUUUUAAUACGAUUUUUCACGUUUGCUUUCGACAAAAAAUAGACUCAUCGCAAUAAAAUCAGGCCUGCUUUAUUUAUUUAUUUUUUAAUUUCUUCUAUAGCCUGCAGAACUUGUUCCCCAUGCAUCGCGCGUGUCUUGCGCCCCCAGUCCGCUUCGCAGUGCUAGCGUGAAAAGCGCAAAAAACUGAAAUUGACUCCUGUUCUGCAAUUGAUUUCUUUUAUAGACACCUUCUAGGCAUUGACAGGCUGUGAAAAAAGUGUAUUUUUUAUUAUUAUUAUUUUUUGAAGUGCUACGUCCUUUUCCUAUAAAUUUCAAACGUGACUGCUAAAAGACUGCUGGGAACCCAUGGAUGGAGAAAAGCUGUUCCGGAGAGAAGGUCAACCUUCCUGCCGAGCCAACUUUUGCGAGCGUUUAUAUGAGGAAAAAACUGACCACUUUGUCCGAGUCAACAGUGCAUGCGCAUGCUGUCUUUGUCUAGCCUUGACCGUGUUGUCCCAGCUAGCUGGGCGAGCCAAAGUGGAGAAAUAUUAGCCGGGCUAGAAGGGUGAGGCCACCACUACCGGCUCAGUGGAGGGCUGACUUCCGGAAGCCCUCAACCCCGCCCACUACUGGUAGUAAGGCGUCUAUCCGAACCAACCUUUUGUUUCUCAUGUAAAUGGCUUAGCAAGUUUUGUAAGGAAAUGGGGGAAAAGUUGGCUCGCCCAGGGUAGCUUGGGAGGUGAGUAAACACCAGAUAACCCCAAUAAUAAGCACAAACUUUGAUUGUCAGUUACAUGUCUACUAUUUCAAGUAAGUCACCUUGCAUGUGAUUGUCGCAUCCGUGCCCCCUUCCAGAUCCCCUUUAUUAUCGGUAAGCCUCUGAUAGGUCAAAGUAAUACAGUCGUAACUCCAGUAAGCGACCACCAAAAAUGCAAAGACUUAGUGGUCCCUAACGGGAGGUGGUCGUUUAGAAGAAUCGGACCACAUGGGGUCUAUUCCGAGAAGAGGUCCAGGCACAUUCUAUUAAAUGGCGGUGUAACAAAUUCCUGGCAAAAUAUUAUCUUUUACCUCUUUUGACAAAUACAGCUUUUAAAUCAUGCUCAAUUUAAAGAGAGAUUCAGGUGAGUGAGAUAUAGAAUAGUAUAGAAUCACAACAGUAUCUUCACUUUGUUGGCUACAUCUACUAAGUUAGGAUAUGUGUAGUUCCACGAUGUCACUAAAGGUCUUCAUAUUUUCUAAGGAACAUAGUGCACACAGCAAAAAUAGAGAGCAGAGAAUGCGUCAGCUGGUCGCUCAUGGAAAACAAUUAACUGUGACGCCCAAAAAGUGGUCGCAGUCACUUACAGAAGGUGGUCGUUUACUGGAGGUUCCAACUGUAAGGCUUUGACUGGGAAAAUUUGGUCUUUUGGAUUGGCGGUCGCACAUGGAGGUUCCACUGUGUUAGGUCUAUUAGAGUAUAAGCCACCAUCACCUCACUGUGAGUGACGAGAGCCAGGAAAGUAUAGUAUACACUCCCUUAGGAUACACAGAAUCGUUGUUUUGAGGUCCCGUUUAGCGAAAUGGAUCAUUCAAGGGAGGUGCUGAAGUCCCAUAGUGAAAUUUAUAAGGUUUAUGGGUUUUUAGUGCAAGACGAAACACAAUACUUAGGGCCCUGUUGUUCAAACGUUGAACAACAGGAAAUGACUAUCAAGCGAAUAAGAAGAAGCAAUUGCGUUACUUAUUGGAUAUAGAUUUAUCCAGGGGAAAGCGUUAGUCCCGGGGGCGUUAGUCAACUUUUCGAACAUACAGCCCCUCAGUCACUCUCCUCCGCAGACUUACCCUGGGCGGCCAGGAUAGGGGAAUAUAAUACUCGACCUUCCUUGCAUCAUCGCGAGAGCCUAUAGCCUUCACUUUCUUUUGGCUCGUCCUACAAACCUACCCAACGUUCGUGGGACAGGAAGGUCUGCCUGCGAGGCUUGGGACUAUGGUAGCAUGGUGCAAAUAGCCGGGAUGAGCUACUUUGUCCACACGAACCGAGAGGAUUGGGUCUGCUAGAAGAAAUCAGGUGUAGCUUUCUGUGAUAAGUAAUAUUCCAACAGUAUAGGAUCAUAGUUUGAAGCCAUUUCACAAUCACUAGUUUCCGCGCACCUCUACCGGCGAGUUGUGGACAAAAGCAGCUGAUAGCUGUAUGCGAACCUUUUUUCCACAAAAUGGUUUCUGGGUUUUCGUAUUCGACAGUGUCAUGUAUUGAUUUUUUUUAAUCUUAGUCGAGGUCUUUUUAAUUAUGUACUGUCUAUCUGACUGACUGUUUCUUUGUGUUUUUUUUUUUCUGGUAAUGACAGGUUUCAUAAUUUGGUCCUGAUUGGGGUUAUAGGCCCCUGAUCGUGAGCAAAUAGGGAAAAAAUCAACAAGCAAAACCAAAGUGAACUAUAGCGUUGAGUCCGUUGGCCACGGAGAAUUGGUAUUAUUCUGCAAGUUCUUUACUACAGCAAGAGAGUAUACUCCCUUGACUAUGGGACAUUGGGCCGGGGGAACUUAGUAUUUUGACCCGGCAUAGGGGAGGAGGGGAGGGGGAGGGGGAGGGGGUACUCUGGCCAGAUUCCAAGUCACGGGGAUGAUCGAAGUAUGUUUUUUUCUUGGUUUGAAAAUAUUUUGAACAAAUUUUUUUUUUUAGCUGUGGCUUUACUUAAGUAUUCAAAAUAUUCGUUCUUUUUUGGUCUUAAUUUUCGCUUCCACGGAUCACUCACGACACUUGGAAUCCGAGGUACCCCUCCUGUUUAGUACUUCGAAGGCAAAAAAGCUGUUUCAAAGCCUAGUAGGUAAAUAAAAGAAAAAUAAAUAUGCAUGGAUGUUUCUACUGCGAUGAGAGGAUUUCUUGUCAAAAAAUGUGAAAACUGUAUUAAAAUUGCUGACAACAGCUACGAAAAUUUCGUGACAGCAUGCUGACGUGACUAAAGCGUGUGACCAAUUUCCGGUCACACCAAAGGUCAUACGAUCUUAUGCGAUGUUUAUUAUCAGCCGACGAACAAUUGAAGUGAUGAAAGGUUUUCAAAAUCGAAGUCAUCAGUUUGCGAUGAAUUUUUAUUCCUUUUGCCUCCUGACUGAAGUAAAAAGUCUUGUAACUCUUGCUUCGACGUGUUGUGACUUUAUUUCGAUUCACCGCCGGAUUCGGACGCAGUUGCUGAGCAAACGUACGUUUGUCUUUUGGCUAAAAAUUAUAUAUUUUGUGACUCAAAACGACGCAACAGAAGUUGGAAAUAACUUUCCUUGCCGUAAAAACGUGUUACAAGCAAUGGUGAGUAAUCCUUUCAUGUAAAACCUUUCUUUUAGUUUGACAACCGUCCGCAAGCCGUCUAAUUUGCAUAAAUUUCCCAAUUCAAUUGCUCUCACCGCUUGCUUUGGUGUCAGGAUGAUAUUUGAUUUCCAGAGCUAACACUUUCCAGUAAGUUAGUACAAAAGCCAAGGUUCCAUUUUAUAUUGAUUUUAUGAUCAAGCGGCAUAUACCAGAGGCCUUUUUUAAUAGUCAAAGUUGGCCUUCAUUUUCUAGCACGUCUAACGUCACAAAUAUGACCUCUUUACACUUGUCGAUUAUAAAAAUGUAACGCAUUGUUUAUCAAAUUUUCUUUUAGGAUUUUCAAGAGUAAGAACAAAAUAAUAAUUCGGUGAAGUUUCAAUGUCAGGGAAUGUUUCUUACGCGUUCACCCUUCUCUCGAAGUUGCCAUUGCAUCCUGCCGUGUUUUGUGCGAAAAACGAGCAUAAAAUCGAUUUUUCAAACUUUUCCUAAUUUCUCCUUUAAAAUGAAUCGUUUGAACCCAAAACUAUUUUUCCUGAAAUAAGGUCACUAAAAGGGAUGUUUUGGCAAAAUAAAAAAAAAUUCGAUUUUUUGACGAGUGUCGUGCGAUUCUCGAUUUUCUCAGAUAAUGGCUCUUAAUACCUUGACAACGUAUUGGUUUUGAUACUGCUUAACCAAUGGUUAAAGCUAACCAUGCUUUGAGCAACUCAGCCCUGGUAGACUUAUUAGAUCCUCUAAUCAAUUUUUACUUUCUACAUCUAAAUUUAAUCUUAAAACUUAUGGUGGCCGGUCUUUUACUAUUGCUGCACCUUCUGUCUGGAAUGCACUUCCAUUCGAACUUAGUCCCUUUCUUCUUUUACAUCUAAGCUUAAGACUUGGCUUUUGAAAAUGUGUUAUGAUGUUGUCGUACAGAAUGAUGAUGUUUUUAUAGGAUGACAAUGUAGUUUUGUAGUUUUGUAGGUUCAGGAUUUUGUUGUUAUUUUUAUUAUGUAAAGCGCUUUUGGACCAUUGAGAAUUAGCGCUCUAUAAAUAUUGUAAUUUAUUAUUAUUAUUAUUAUUAUUAUUAUUAUUAUUAAUAUAAGUUGGUUCUUACAUUGGAGUAACUUAUUCUGCUUGCAUAGAAAACUUGAUAUGAACAUUGCAUCUUAGGCCCGGUUCAGACGCCGAACUUUCACGAGCCGAACCUAACACAUUAAACUAAGUACAUGAAAAAUUCGGGGGUCUGAAUGAUCAAUUAGGAACGCCUGUUUCAAUUUGGAACGGCUCACCCGUUCUUUUCGCCUAGCUUGGAAGGGAAUUUCGGCUUCGGAGCGACUUUAGAGAACGGCUUUGAUUCAGACGCCGACCUUUUUAUGUAUUGAACCUAUGCAUAAAUUAUUAUAACUGUUUUUGCAAGCAGUUUGACCGAAACGAGCAUUUUUCGCCUCUUGAACUUAGUUCAGCCGCACUUAAGAUCGGCGUCUGAAUCAAUUCAGCCGGUCUUGGGUCGGCCUUAAUUCGAAUUAGGUUCGGCUCAUGAAACGUUCGGCGUCUGAACCGGGCCUUAGUCCACAGCUGUUGAAAUACACAGAACGAGCCACAGGACGUAGAAAAAAUCGCCUUGAGAACGUCAGCUGGCACAAACAACAUUUGCUAAACCUCACAAAAUGGCUGUUUUAAUAUGUUUUGCUUGAAAGAGUCUGCUUGAUAUUUUUUAGCCGAUUUUUUAAAGUUUUACGUAAUUUUGAACCAAACCUAACGGACUUUGGUUUCGUUAGUGCUAAUUAAUGCUAAUUAAUGUCACAGGUCCUGCUAUGGCACGCCGAGGUGACCGCAUUCGCUGCACAGUUUUAUUUGAGGAAGAGCCAGAUGAAGACGGCAAAAUUCCAGUUUUCUUUACACUAAAUGGCCGUAAGAUAGUUUUGCAAAGUGGAGAGAGCCGUUUUCUUAUGGAUUUUAAAAAGCCGUUGUUUCCUUUCAUUGGCAUGACUAAAGGUAGCAGUGUGUUGACCAAGGUAAGGACUUCACGUACACCA